AGACUAACUACGUUGUGAGCUGGCAGGGAGCUUUCUAGGGAUAUGUUCUUUUUUUUCAAAAUGUUAAAUCCAUUCACUGUUUGAGCAUCUGCUGUGUAGAUUAGUCUUCUCAAGAGCCGCCAGAACCUAGAGAAGAUCAAAAAAACACCUUCUGCACCUGUAAUGUGUCAGUGUUAACCCAGCAUGGAAUGUCCGGCCUGACUAAAUGGUACAUGAGUUAACUUUUUCAAAGAAAUAUAUCAGCCAUAGGUUGCCAAGUAGCCAGUCAAAUUCGGUGAAGAAUUGCUGUAAUUUUUAUCAUAACAUUUAAGUGUGUCAUUUAACAGAAACCAUUGCUUGCUUUCACUUGAAUUCCUUUAAAACAGACUAAUUUGCUCAAUAGCAUCCACACACAACUAGUACUUAUUUUCAGAAUAUUUUGUGUUCGAGUUUGUGUCUGUUCGUUUGUGUUUGCAUUUGAGUUGUUUGACAAAUAUCAGUGCUCUCCUGUCAGCAACAGCUUCUAUCUUCUGCUGCAUUAGUGAGCUCAUCUUACUGUGGAUGGAUGGUGGGCUAAAAGUAAUGGGCUAGUUGGUUUGAGAGGUAAGCCACCCAAAAUGUCAUAUAGCCAAAGAGAGAAAUUUGUUUUGGGGGAUGGUUACUCUUCAUAUGACUUGAUAAUCUUCCUAUAUCUAUUUAUGUAUUCUAUAUGUUGUUUAGAAAAUAGAAAAUUAUUGCAUUUACAUAAAAUAAUUUCCAUACGCAUUCACUAUUUUAUGAAUAUACAAUUUGUUACCUGAAAAUUCUCUUAAACCCAUAUGCACAUCAAAAUGUUUGAGCUGAUAGAAAAAAAGGACACUGGGAUGGAAAAGUAUGGCAGGUGGAUUUGGAUCCUAAACACGAACUUCCGUCCCCAAUAUGGAUGUUUUGCAGGUUUAUAAUACAAUAUAUUUUUUGAAAUCUAUUUAAUAUGCUGGAGUUUUAAAAACUUUAUCACUUGACAAUAGACUGGACAAAUUAUUUUCUUUUUAUCAGCAUGAUUUUUCGAGCAGGUUACUCUCACUGUUUGUACAAACAUUGGCCCUUAAUUUAUUUUUUUUGGCUUACCUUUUUAAAUGAUUUAACAUUUUUGGAUAAACCUUUCAAAUGAUUUAAUAUUUUGAAAAAAAAAAUGUUGUUUUUGAUAUAUGAUAUAUAUUUUUGAGAUUUUAAUAUUUUGAAAAAAAUGUUUUUUUAAAUGUGUCCAAAAACAUUAAAUCAUUUGAAAAACGUAUCCAAAAAUAUUAAAUCAAAGCCAUAAUUGCAUCAAAAAGUCAACUGAGCAUAUAUUAUCAAAAAGAAAAAAAGCUCUCCUUCAGAGAACAUAGGGGCACAUUCCAAUCUAACAUUUGAUAAUUAUUGAAAUGUUAACAGCUGCCAAUAAGCCAUUAGGAAAUGGCCAAGCUUUCCAAAGUUAUUAGCAUAAUUUAUAUAGCACCAGCACAUUUUAUGACGCUUAAUAUUUGUAUGGUAAUAUAGCAGCAAAUAAUUGACAGUCACAAGAGGUCAAGAGGGCCCUCAAUCUAGAAGAGCGUACAAUACCACUCUUCCACAAAAAAUAUUCAAUAUCUUAAUAUAAAUGUUGUUAUAAUAUACCAUCUCAUUAUGUUUUUAAUUCAUGUAUAGUAAAAAAAAUUUUUAAGCUAUCACUUGACUGCCACCUGGGGUCAGACUCUCAAUUAUCCCAUCCAAUGCUCAUUAUUUUGCAACCGUCUGUUGCCUUUCAAAAUCUCCUGACAGAAAAUGCUGUAGGCACAGCAGGCCCGUUAUUUUUACAAUCAAAAUAGUGAAGAUUGGAUGGGAUAAGUGAUAGUCUCACAUAAGGAUGCAAAAAGGUGUCAGUCAGCAAGAGUGAGUGGGAUAGGUAGGCAAGGGAUUUCUUAAAAUAUUUCAAUAAAUGUGUAUAGAAAAAUAAUUAAUGAGUUGGUAUAAAGAUUACAUGAACAAAUGUAAAAAAUAAAAUACUGACUUUCUUUAAAGUUAAUAUUUAAUGCAUAUUUUAACAUUAGCUAAUCCUGUUUAGUUCCCUUCCUAGCUUCCAAAUAAAAUAUUCGCCAUACUCGCCUCCUGUUCAACUGCUCGAGCACCGCCAUCAGCUCAUCUUUGUGGGUGUCAACCUCCUCUUUGGGAAGCACGGUAACACCUCCCAGCACUGCGCACAGCCUGAAUGAAGCCAUGUCUGAAAAAGUGUUCUCUUGCAGGCAGUAAUUGCCAUAAAGUUUAUGCCGACAGUGUGACUCAGAGGAGGGGUGAUUUUUAGCAAAAUCUACAUUGGCUAGCAAUUUCACUAGCACAAUGUAUAGAUUGUGUAAAGAAUACUUUUUUUCUAACAACUAUACCCCAGAAAAAGUCAUAAAGUUGUGCAUAAAUAAAACUAAAAGCUCCUCCUUGAGAUGAUGACAUUUGCAACCAACUUCAACAAACUUUUUACUGAAAACUCCUCGUUAAAGCGACACUAUAGGCACCCUGAUCUUUUCAUCUCAUUGAAGUGAUCUGGCUGCACUGUCCCUUUCCCCUUAACCCUACCAUCCACAAUAUAUCAGUUUCAGGGGAAAAAAGUCACUAGAAGCAGUCUUAACCCAUUGCAGGGUUAAGACUGCCUCUAGUGGCUGUCUACCAGACGGCCACCAGCGGCGCUUUCUGUUGUUUUUACAGAGUUUGACUAUGUGAAACUAAACAUGAGGACAUUCAGCAUCUUCAAAUCCCCAUAGGAAUUAUUAAAUCAGUGUUUUCCUAUGGAGAAGGCCUAAUGUGCGUGCUGUGCUCGCCGCUAAUGCCCAUUACUGUAUAUAUUCCUGUAUAAGUCGAGAAAUUUUAAGUCGGCUUUUUAAAGCGCAAAGUCGACUUAUCCACGGGUCAGUGCUAGUUUCGAGAGAAUUUUGUACCUGUCGACUCCCGAACGCUGCUCUCCUAGCUUGUCCGGAAGUCAAACGGGCAGGGGUACAAGUUUCAACAGGGUAAGCUGGCUUGCGUAGCCGACUCAGAGAUUCAUACCAUCAACGACCAUGUACCGCUGCCUGCGUUUGGGGGCCACGUUUGUUUGAACACGUGCGCUUGUAUAUACGAAUGGUGGCCACCCAGGGAAUGCUUGUUUGUGGUUAACAGCCAGGGGUGGUCGGUGAUUAUGAGGUGUUAACAAGGGGCACCACACCGAGUCUGUUCUGUAACUGAACCAAAGAGUAAAAAUUCCAUUAGAAUGCAGGGGGAUAUCAGACGAAACAAGGUACAAAAAAGGGAACGUGUACCCUCGACUUAGCCACAAGUCACAAUUGAUGGUCAAAAACUGCACUCGACUUAUAGACAAGAUCAAUUUAUAGACAAGUGUAACGGUAGGUUCCCUCUUGAUACUUUUAUCGGAGGAGAAGGAGACGGAGCAAGCACUGAGGGACCUCGGCGCUGGAAUAACAUGAAUGUAAAACCUUUUUUUGCUGGUGGUGGAGGUGGGGUCGGAGAACACUUUAUUGUUAGGAAUACCGUUUUGUAUACCUGACACUAAAGUGUUCCUUUAAUCAAAGCAAAUAAAGAAAAUUUAGCACUGUAACAAACUUACAAGGUGAAAUUGCUAACUUCAUAAGUACACAUGAAGUCUAUACACCAAAUUUCCGAUUUGAACAUGCUGAAAGAAACAUGCAUAUCUGUCAAUGGGAAAACAAUAGGUUAAUGACACACAUGUCCUCUAUUAUCUUUACAGCUGCUCUUAAAAAGUAAUCAAAUGGGCAGGCCAGAUCUUUUCAAGAUGGAUCUAUUUUGUUUGUCAUUAACCUAGCAAUCCCCAAGUGCAGAUCUGGAGUUUGUGUGAUUUAUUGAACCACACAGCAAUGACAACUGAAAUUAAGCCCAGUUUUAAGGUUGAUAAUCAUUUGAAACUUCGGUUGUGUUAGUAGAUGAAAAAGGUUAUGACAUUUUUGGACUGUGAUUGGGUUAAAAACUCAUGUGCUGCACUGUCCAAAAGUCAGAAAGUAUCAAAACAGAACUUCAAAUAUUCUCAAUAGCUUACCAAUGUUAGAUUGUUAUUUUUCCCUAAAGUUUGCAACUAUUCACGGUUUUAAAGGUUAUUUGUUUAAUCGGGAUUAUUAGGAAUUGACAAUGGACUUUUAAAUAUGUCUGUCUAUCAGUCCCAUUUGGAAAGAGAAGUUCAAUAUUUUGAAAGUACAAUUCUUAACUACAUAAAAGUAGAUUUCAGCUUCAUACUUAAAAAGCUCAAAGACGAUUGACUGCAGAUACCUUGCAUCUGCUUAGCCUUUUUACCGGCCUGGCUCUGGGCAUGCCCCACUAAUGAUUGAUUUUACAUCUCACUAGUAAUGGAAGUUAGUCAUUUGUUCUGUAAUCCACCCAGAUCCAUGUGAUCUUUAGUAACAUUUCUAAAUGUGAAUGCCUUCAUCUCAACAUAGCAUACAUAUGGUGUGUGGGCUUUAUUUGUUUCCACUGGCAGAAUGUUGUAGUGUCUUAUCAUUACUAUGCUGUGCGACUUUCCUAAAUGACUUUAUUUUAAAAUGACUCACAUGAGAUUUUAUUAGGUAUGAGAUAUAUAUUCCCACCCAGCAAUGGCUUUUUAACCCUCAUGUGGCCACAUUUUCUCCUAGGUACUGCAGGGUUUUGCAUCUGUCUGUUAUUCUAAUCUUGUCUUUGUAUAAACCACAUCAAUGCUUUAAAAUACUUUUAACUGUCUCCUCUAAUAUAUUCCUUAAUAAUGUUCUUGGAGGUUUGGGAUAGUAAAAUGUUUCCUACAAUAAUGUAAAAAUCUCCAUAGUAAUGAGUAUUCAAAAUGUGUUUUACCUUUAAUGUUCCAGUGGACAGUUGGUGUCGUAUGUUAAACCUGUCAUUUUUUAUUAUUGCAAAUAAACUAUUAUUUAUUAUAUGACCCAUCAGGGUAUUGUUUUAUAAAGAAUACAUAGAAAUAAAUACACAUUUUCAGUGCAUCUCCUGUUUUUUUCUGGAUUAGCCACCAUCAAGUCUUCAUUGAUGAGAUCCACCACUUAUUCGAUAAGUGCUAAAAUGAACACUUUGAACCACUGAAGCCAAACACAUCUGGCAAAAUUAAAGCAAAAAUAGCUGAUAUGGAAAUAUUCUUUAACUCUGCUAUAGUCACAGACUAUUUUUGCCUACAAUUUGUAGUUUGAAUUUUAUUUUUAAUAAAUGGUUUGCACAAUAGAGUAUACAAAGAUCGGUAAAAAGUACAGAAGUAGAGAAGAUCCUUUACCACAAUUGAAGAUUAGAUGUCUUCAUUCAGCAGAACGAAUGCUUAGUUUGUAUGUUGAGAAAUUAAACCUCAGACAUAGCAAGGCAAUAGUCUCAUCCAGUUUUACCACAAGAUUGAGGCUGCGCAGUGUAGCAAUACAAUUUUCACCGGUGCCGAGCUAGGUACAUGAAACAUGUAGAAGCAGAACCUCAAUAACAUCAGCUUGGCAGGUUACCUAGAUGAGUCUAAAAGGUGCUGAUGUAGUAGGGAAACAUUUUAGAAAAAAAAGAGAGGGUGAAAACAUAUAGGGCAUCACCACUUGGGAACCUCUUUGUCCACCAACCUUUAAUUAUUGGUCUGGGUCCACACUGCAGUCCCGGUCAUAAUCUAGAAUCUGUCCAAGAUAUUAUAUGGGGUACAAAUAUGUCAAGUGAAUUAUGCCAGCUCUCUCUUAGAUUUUUACGAGUCUGUAAAGAAACAUGUCUGCAUGUUCACCAGGAGCUACAUUCACAAUAAAACUUUUUAUGGAAACUGCUUCUGCUUCUGUUAGCAUGCAGGGUAACUUAAUUCUUGUUUUUUCAUUAAUGAAAUUACCUAAGAAUGUGGAGCCAUGUAGUAUAAAUGCAUAUACAUGCAGCUGAAAAAUUUGUGAAGACCAUGUUGCAGAUUGUAGAAAAUAAUGGACAUUUCAAAGGGAGAGCCAUACAUAAACUGUUAAUUAACAUUAUAAGUACUAUAGAUAUCUUUUAAUUUAUCCGAAACGACCAAGGUUUUUGCAGAUACAAAAAAAGUCUCUGUAUACAUAUACAACACUAGGGAACACCAAUGAUGUGCAUUAUCCUCCUUAGUGAUUAAAGGACCACUAUAGUGCCAGGAAAACAUACUCGUUUUCCGGGCACUAUAGUGCUCCCACCCUCAGGGUCCCCCUCCCGUCGGCCUCUGGGGGGAGGAAGGGCUUAAACUUACCUCUUUCUCCAGCGCCGGGCGGGGAGCUCUCCACCUCCUCUCCUCCUCUUCGGCUGAAUGCACAUGCGCGGCAGAAGCCGCGCGCGCAUUCAGCCAGUCUCAUAGGAAAGCAUUCACAAUGCUUUCCUAUGGACGCUGUCGUCAAGAGACAGCCACUAGAGGCUGGAUUAACCCUAAUAUAAACAUAGCAGUUUCUCCGAACCUGCUAUGUUUAUAGAAAAAAGGGUUAACCCUAGAUGGACCAGGCACCCAGACCACUUCAUUAAGCUGAAGUGGCCUGGGUGCCUAUAGUGGUCCUUUAAAUAAUUGACCAAAGAGAUAACUUCUGAAAUGAACAUAUCUUUGUAGCCUUAAAGGCCCAGGGGGAUAUAUUUCAGACUUGUGCAUGGGUUACAUCAAUAGGUUACAGGGUUUUAUCAAGCUUUGAUAUUCUGACAUUUUUCUCACCAUCCAUUCUUAUGGAACAAUUUCAUAUUUGCUUGGGAAUCACAAAUAAUGUAUCAAACAUACCUUAUAACUUGUAACAAUUGGUUUCCUGAUUGUUAGGGAUUACAUUGGAGAGUAUAUAACAUACACCAGCUGUAGUUAUUGGCAAUAUAGUUAAUAUCUUUAAAAAGUGCCUCAUUUUAUGUCUAGUGUUAAAAGUCAACAAGAAACAAAAUCUUACCGAUCAAAAUGUAGCGUGAAAUAAAAUAGGCAUUAGUACGAGUCUGGCACCCAGUCUAAAGAACGGUGGAGUUCACUAACAGUUUCUUUUUAAUAUCUUUUACUGCAAGCACAAAUAAUACUCCAUAUAAUUGAAAUCAAAUGGAUUUUUUUGAGAUUUGUCCAAAAUAAUAAAACAAAACAUAUCUAUGCAUUUAAUUUUGGUCUUUUAUGGGGAGGAGAGAAUAUGAGAGAAUCUAGAAUGGAAAAGGGUAAAAGGAGUAAUUAAGAAAAAAUGUUGUCUAAAUGAGUAAUAUAACAAAUCCUCCUAACUGCUCAAUUUAUUAUAAGAUACAAUUAACUCCAUAAUUUAGCCUUUUGCUGUUCACUGCAGAUGCACUCAAUCUGCAAUUCUUAUCACAAUUCACGCAAUGGUCAGAUGGUGAUAGCAAGGGAUUAGUGAAUGGGGGAGUGUUGAGAUGAAGAGUGAGGAAAUAAAAGCCUUUACAUACACUACUAAACAAUGGUCUAUUUAUCACCAACCAUGCUAGUUAUCUCUACUAUUUCCUAGUAGAUUUUAUCUGGUACAUCUCCUAUUUGUCAGCAUUAUGGCUGUAGGAGUGUCAUGGGAGAUAUAGUGUUUAACAUCUGGCGUGCCGAAGGUUGUCUACCCCCCUGUUCUGGUAUAUAACCCAAACAGUACUUGAGAAGACAUGUCACUCUCUCAUUAAAGGAACACUAUAGGUUCAGGAAUACAAAUGUGCACCCUGACUCUAAAGUGUUAAAAAACAAAACAAAAACUAUUUAGGUUGCUGAACCCACUUUGCCCCCUUUAAAUAGGAUAAAAACUCACCUUUAUUCCAAUGCCCUGCCUCCUUGCCUGACAUCAUCAGAAUUGAUCAUCUCAACCAGUCCAGUGCUUUCCCAUUGCAAAGUAUUGGAUUGCCUGAGAUUGUCAAUUCUGAUUGUCUCAGCCAAGGAGGUGGAGCAGGGGGGAAAGCCAAAUGCCUUGCUAGCCAAUCUGCAUCUCCUUAUAAAGAUACAUUGAAUCAGUGCAUCUAUAUGAGGAAAGUUCAGCGCCUCCAUGCAGAGCGUGGAAGCACCUCUAGUGACCGUCUGAGUAACUGCUUCUGGAGGUGCUCCUAGGGAGCAAUGUAAAGGCAGUGUUCCCAUUAAAAUGUCUGCCGUGACUUACUAUACUCACCAGAACAACUACAUAAAACUGUAUAUUACUAUAUUUUCCCUUUAAUGUACCCAAGUAAUUGGACAUGUCCAGAUGUCAUUAGUCAUUAAUUUGAAUAUUAACUCAUCCACCCAUCCUUUCUUGAUUGAUUUGCAGAAUUUUAAAUUACGUCUAGUUACUUCUACGUGAUUUAAGUACAUAAACACACACGCCCUGAAACAUUAGAGCCUGCAGACCCUUGUUAAUAUAAUUCCUUAUUUAUUUCUUAAAUGUUAUUUCUAGUUUUUCUGUUCUAUAAAACCUUCUUAGACACAACAAAACGUACAAAAUAAAAAUAAAAAGAGGAGAGCACUUAAAGGACUUUUUGCAAUAUAUGUUUGCCCGUCUUUAUUAUGGUUGCACAAAACUUUUUUUGUUUUUUUAUUUUAUAAAAGUCCUUAAGCAGGACUGAAAAGUUGAUGUUUUGUGCAACCGGUCUAGUGCUUCAGUCAAAGAUAUAUCACAAAACUCCUCUUUUUUUAAAACUUUUUGCUGUGAAAGUUUGCUGAUAUUUCAAAAGCGUUUGAUCAUAAAAGGUGCUCCAAGCACCAUAAGAACUCCAGCCUUUGUAUUGGUUAUGGUGCUAGCAGGAUAGUAGCCUAGCACUUUCUGCUUGCAUUAGAAACUGCACAGUAGUUGGUAUGGUAGAGACUGAACUAAUUCAGAGAGGGCUCUAGUGCAAGAAAUGUUUAGGGCCUUUCUGAAGAGUAGGGUUGCCAAAGGGUAGAUCAUUAAUUGUCGUAUCAUGAUGCUUUACCAGCUGGGGAUCUAUCACUUGCCCUAGCUUGCAGGGCUGUAUUUAUGAGUAGUGUCUGUGUGCUUGAAUGUAAGCAUGUGUGUAUGUAGUAAGUGUGUGUGUAUAUAUAGGUACGUACUUGUGUGUGAUUUUGGUGUUUAAAUGCAAUCUGUGUUUGUAUGCCAUUUUGGCGGUUGAAUGAAGGGGUGUAUUUGUAUGUAGUAUAGCUGUUUGCAUUGGUGGUGGAUGUGGCAAUACCACGUGACUAUAACCUCAGGAAGAUGGAACAUGAGAAGAUGGACAAAUACCAAGGACUGAAAGAAGAGCUAGUAAAGAUGUGGAAAGUGAAGGCAGUAGUAGUCCCAGUUGUGAUAGGGGCACUCGGGGCUGUGACUUCCUAGUUGGGGAAACGACUUCAACAGAUUCCAGGUAUGACAUCUGAGAUUGUUGUCCAGAAGAGUGCAGUUCUAGAAACAGCUAAGAUACUGCGCAGAACCCUUAGACUUCCAAGCCUCUGGUAGAGGACCCGAGAAUGAGAAAUAAAUAUACCACCAAGGAAGGGUGGGAAAAUUUGUUUUUUAUCCCACACACGUAUAUGUUUGUGUAUAUAUCUGUGUUUGUUUCUACACAGUGUACGGUAUGUGUACAUAGAUAGUUAUACAUUUUAUAUUUAUAGCCAGCCUUCUGUUUCCAUACUUUUUGGUGCAGGUGGGGGGCUUCCCCGGCUGAGACCCCCUCCACUGUGUGCCUAUUCCAAACCCGCGCAGCACACUCUGUAAACUGGGAGAAAGUGACCUGAACCCACUUCUUCCCAGCACUGUUGGUCUGACAGGGGCUUGGUCACUCUGAUCAGAGGUCAGGUGGAAGGGCCACCUUAUGGCCAUCACCCACUGCUUGCAGGCUCCGGUGAGACUUCAUCCUCAUUAAUUCUGCCUCUUGUAAGCGCGUCCCUUUAAGCCUUUAUUUCCUCAAAAUCGCCAGUGUUUCUUACUGCUCACUGGUAUUCAAAGGGUUAUGCUUGGAACAAAACACGGUUUGUUAUUAUGUGGUAUUUUCGCUAAGAGGAAAAUGCUUUGACAUAUUUAACAUAUUACGGUGUGUGUAUUUGUCUCUAUUACUGACACUCCAGUGAAAUAAACAUUAAUCUGAGCAAAUACAAUGCACAUGUGUUUAAUAUUGACUCCAUAUACAUUACCCAGAAUGCAUUAGCGAUAGAUCUUUAUUGAAGGCCACCUGCUGAAUACUUGUCCCAUGAAACUGGACAGGCCCAUGAUUGGAUCCCUGUUAGCAUCACCUGGAUGCUCUUAAAAUAGGAAUUGAUUUGGCUUCCUACAUAUACUUUAUUAGAACAUGGUGGUCUACAUCUCCUCAUCAAACUAGCAGAUAGAAAUCCCUAAGUUAGGGCAGAUGUGAUUGUAACAGUGAAGCCACUAAUGCUAUAUUAAAGAGGAAUUACUGAAAUCAUUUUCUUCCGUUCAUUUUAUUUAUCUCCAUAUUCAGUUUAUUAAAAACGUAUGGAACACCCACAUUCUAGUACUGCGUGGUGUCCGCUCCCCUCCUUUUGUGUGUAGGAGAUCCUUACUGCGCACUUGUCAUGAUCAUCCUUCAUCAGAAAAAAUAUUUGCUCUCCUUGACAAUAACCCUUGCAUGUUAAAAUUUUUAUAUUUUAUUUCUUUUUAAAACAAAAUACCAACCAAACAUCCAUUUACCAUGACUGACUAAUUUUCUUUAAAAAAAAAAUCAAAAAAAAAUCUACAAAUUAACUUUCCUGUAACAAAUAGAUAGUAUUUUAACUUUUAAACUAUCAUCGGACUCGAGGCAGACAUCCCACACCUAUCAUAAUCUCGCCAAUAUUUAGUUUGAUGCUCCAUUGUCCUGUAUGAUCUCCUUGGAAUAGGCAAGUACAGGAUGUUAUGAUGACUAGUCUUGGAACUUUUAAUUCACCUUCCAAGAAGCUUACAUUUGUUUUUUCCACCCACUUUUCAUUUCUAAAUAAUUACUGCUUGGUUAGUGUAGUUAUUGUGCUUCAUAGAACACCGACAUUCCCGCAACCAUGUGUAAGCUUGGGAAAUAGCUCAUUCUGUUUUCUAUUUGUGGGAAUUUUCCAUCAAUGUAUUUUUCCGAGAUAUGUAUAUUGGGGUGGGGUAGUUUAAUAUAGAUAUCCAUCUGUUAAUAAACUACAAUUUCCUAAAACCUUUUGUUUUGGACAAAAACAUAGUAAAUGGCUGGCAGAGACUGGGUGUUCUCUGUUGAUAGCUAGCGUUUAGACCACACAUUUAGAAUUUAAUUAAAUAUAAAAUGGAAAUCAUUACUCAAUUUCAAAAAAACAUUAGCACACACAUUAUUAAAGGUACACUUAAAAUGUAUAUGAAUAAAUAUUUUUAUAACAUUAGACAUUUUGUAACCAAUUAUAUUAUUGGGCCCAACUGUAAAAUUAAAACAAAAUGUCCAGGUCACACUACAGCACCCAAUCUUUGAUCUUUGAGUGCUUCUCCACCUUCCACUUAAUAGAUGCUUCUCACAGAGAAGCAUUGAAUCCUGCUUUAAGAAGAUUAAAGUGUAAAACAUUAAAAUUUUUAGGAAGGGGGUGCGGGGAAGCAGCGCCUUCAGAGUAUCAUCAAAUCUGUGUAGAUGUGAAGCAAUAUGAAAGAAAAGAGGACGGAAUAUAGUGUAGUUUUUUUUUUUUUUUUUUAUAACUCAGCUCUAGAUACAUGGAACUAUCUGUUGAUAGUCUUGGUCUUGGUCCUUUGUUGGAUAAUGUUCCAGGCCAGUAAGUAGCUUUUGAUGAUAAGCAUUUGGGAGUGUUCUCCAUCAGUGUGCAGUGUUGUAGCAGUAGAAAUACCUUAUUUUAUUAUUAUUUUUUUCAGCUAUACAAAGAGCACAAUAUUCUGUUUUAUCUAAAUUCCAUAUACCGGUCAUUUUUUACUGCUACAACACUGCACUCUGCAGGAGAACACUCCCAAACACUUACCAUACAAAUCCAACAAAGGACCGAGACCAUCUACAUAUCCAUAGGCAGUGAUUGUAUGGUCCAGACGCCCAUAUCUGGAGCUGAUGAUAAGUUCCAGAAAAUUGUAUUAUUCCUAUCUAAGUCACUAGUUACCAAAAAUACUACACUAUAUUCUAUCCUCUUGUCCUCCCUCUUAUGUUUCAUAUUGCUUCACUCCUACAUGGAUUUGAUGACACUAUGAAAGUGCUGCUUCCCUGCACCCCCUUCCUAUACAGUAUCUACUUACAGCCAGAAAGAAGAGAUUCUGGUGUGGGAAGUGCAAGCUGCCAUACCUGUAUCAUACAAGCACAAGAAAUGUCAUUAUUUUAGCUAUUCCAAAUUUUAGGUUCACAGGCAAGGCUCUUGUUUCCCUUUAUAACUUUUUGACUAUGUACGUAUUGUGCUGUCUUCAAUCUCCACCUGUUUAUCUACGUUGUACAGCUAUGUAGAAAUUUUCGCCACUUGAAAAAUAAAAGCAUUUAGAAUAAUUACACCUUUUAGAACAUGCUCACUUUAAUGUUCCAUGCGUCAUGAUGUGGUGGUAUAUGAAGCAUGAAGAUUGUGCAAGGGGAUUAUCCAGCUCAGGAAUAAAUGCUCUAUAUAGAAUGUCAAAUAUGCUGGGCUCUAUACCACAGUAUUACUGACAGUUUAGUGGUUACAAGUAAAUUGUCAAUAUUGCCAAUAAUAAUUUGAGCAUGAAUGAACAUUUGAGCAUAAAAUACCAAAGUUUGGUCAUUAACAAAAAAAUAUAUAUAUAUUUGUAAGUAGUGAGGAACUGAAUGUGCCUGUGACAUUUUUUUACUGUGAACUUAAUUUCAUGAUGUAAAAACUGUUUUAUAGUAAACUGCUGCCACCAUGUGUUUGAUUUCGGAAGUUCGGUCUUUCACCUUUUCUUUAUCUUUUUUUUGUCCCCACUUUUUUUCCCUAUGUUUUUGAAAUAGGUGUUAAUAAUAGUGUGCAUUGCAAUUGUUGUUUUUAUUGUUAAAAUAUAGGGCACUCUCAAAAGUUUUUUUUGUUUUGCUUUUCAAUGUAGACGAUUCCUUUUCUGUAAAAAAGACAGUGUUUCCAUUGGUGCUUAGUAACACCUCUGGUGGCAUGCACUCAGACAGCCUCUAGAGGUGCUUCCUAUCUUCAUUGUUGCCACUCUCUGCAUUCAAACACUGAACAUUUCCCAUAGAGAUUCAUUGAAUUGAUGGAUCUCUAACAGGUGAUGCUGAUUGAUGCAGUGUUUUGCCGCACAUGUGCGCUAGGCCCCCAAUGCUUUCCUGUGGAAAAGGUUAAUGAUCCCAGCCGUGGAGGUGGGGCCAGCCGUUUGAAGACUGGCGUUAAGCAAUACAAUCUGUAGGGGAUCGGACACCUAUACAGCCAUUUCAGCACUAUAGUUUUCCUUUAAGGUAAAAGAAUUGUCACCGAUGGGAAGUUGCCAUAAGGUUAGAUCAGGCCCCCCCCCCAAAGUUGUUUGUCACUAAAGUGUCUGUGUAGCUGUAGGACAAAAGCCUCUGUGGAAUCACUGUUGAGAUCUGUGAAUCAGGAUGUAAGCACCGGGCUAUGAACUGAGCAGGUCCUCCUUUCAGAUACAUACCCCCCUUUGCAGCCCACAUUCAUAUAUUUGUCCCUUAUAGAACAUCUCCUUGAAUCAAUGCUUUCCUAUGGGGAUUUAACUUGACACUGAAUGUCCUCAUGCAGAGUGUGAGAAUGUAAAGCGUCAGUUAGGCGACCUAAAGUUCCCUAGACACCAGGAACUGCCUCUAGUGGCUGUCUUAGUCCUGCAAAGUAGUCUCAAAAACUGCAAUGAUUUAAAUUUCAGGACUGGGACGCUGCACCCAGACUACUUCAAUGAGCUGACUUUUUUCAAUUUGACUAUUUUGACCUCAAAUUUGAAAUUACUUUGAAUUCUAACUUUACUGAAUAACUAAAUAAUUGCCAAAAUGUGGAAUUUAGUAAAUACAGCUGUAUGUGUUUCAGAUGGUUUCUGUCAUUUAUCUAAGGCUUAUAUGGUACAUUUGUGUAUACCUGUUGUAUUAAACCUAUGUUUUUAGUUUUAGGAAUAAAAACGUGUUGCAAGUAAAGAGUAUGAACUCAUACAACAAUGUCUGUAUUUCCAGCCCUUCAAAGACCAUGCACCUUGCUUUUGAAGUUUUACAAGGCCUAGAAUAUAUGAAUUGUCACAGAAUGGUCCAUAGAGCUCUGGCUCCUCACAACAUUCUUUUAGAUGGAGAGGUAAGUGUUUACCAAACAAAGAUAUAUGUAAUUAUAAACUUGAAUAUAAUAAAACUAAUAGCCCAAACUAUCAUUGUUAAAGGGAUACUCUAAGCAUCAAACAACCUUAUAUUAAUGCAGCAUCUUUCAUGUAUAGAUUAUGCCUAUUUAUUCUCACUGCUAAAUUGUUUGCCAUUAAAUCACUUUUGUUUCAGUUUAUGCAGCCUUAGUUGGGAUUCACUUGCUGUGUGUGGUUCUUAUGCCCUGCUUUGUUAAUUGUUAUAUGUUCAUAGGAGCUGCACUCAAUCCACAUAAAAGCCAAGGGUGCUGAACUUGACUAUGGGCGAGCACUGUGCCAUGAGAUGUAGAUACCAGUAAUAGAAAGGAGGCCAAGGCACUCCAACAGCUUCAAAAAAUUUACAGAUAGACAAAGAUCCAUCUGUGGGCCGAAACGUUGCUGUGUACUUUUUGUUCUAAUAAAUUCACCUGAAGCUGUUGGACUGCCUGGACCUCCUUUCUAUUUAUGGUAUCUGCUUUGUUAAUUGAACUUUAAUACCCUCCUGUAGACUCUGGCAGUCUAUUAGUAGAGCAGAAGAUACAAAAUUCUAAAUUAAACACAAUAUGCACUAAGGGAAGCUAAAAAUGUAGACCUUUUCUUUUUCCAGGAACAGUGUAGAGAGAUUAUGUGUUAGUCUCAGCCACAGUAGACAUGACUAGACCUGCAUAAACAAUGUGAUUUACCUCCUAAAUGGCAGAGAAUUGAGCAAUGAGACUGCAGGGAUAUGAUCAUUACACCAAAACUACUUAAUUGAGCUGAAUGUACUUUGGUUGUUAGUGUCUCUUUAAACAAGAAAGCUCUAUACUUUUCAUGUUGAUGGUUAGACAUUACUUUAUCCGAGUGUAACAGCUUUUUACCUACACCCUAAUGCAGCCAGAUAUACCAUCUAACACCAUUAUUCUAUCAAUUGGUUAAGUGCUCCUGUCUUUUACCCAGUGUCUUCCAACCACUUUUUGUUCAGGGUUACCCCUAAUACUAUAGAUCAGGUAUAGGCAACCUGCGGCACUCCAGAUGUUUUGGACUACACUUCCCAUGAUGGUUUGCCAGCAUUAUGGGUGUAAGAGCAUUAUGGGGGAUGUAGUCCACAACAUCUGGAGUGCCAAAGGUUUGCUACCCCUGCUCUAGAUCAUUUGCCAGAAUCUUCAGGUAAAAAAAUCUGUAAAGAUUCCAGUGACAGUACUGACCAAUAAAAUGUAAGAUUCUUUUUAAUUUUUUAAAAAUGUUAUUCAAAACAAUUAUUUUAAUGCCUCCUGCAUAGAUAUCUACAAACCAAGGAAAACGUACGCACUCUCUCUGUGUUGUGAGACCAAACACCCUAAGAUGGACUUUCCAAAGUCCAGCUUGAGAUAAACAUCUAUUUAUCUAUGUAUGUAUGUAUCUAUCUGUCUGUCUGUCUGCCUGUCUAUCUAUGUCUGUUUUGUAUUAUAUUUUAUAUCUAAGCCUUUCAAAAUGUACUUUCUAAAUUAAAUUUGUUUGUCAUGACCGAAUAAUGCCAGGUUUCAGGAGAGCCUGAUUUGCUUCAAUGUCACAUCUUUUUACCUUCACUAAUUCAGGCAUGUGAUUAUUUCAGGGUCACGUGAAACUUGCUAAAUUUGGACUUUAUCAUAUAACAGAUCACGGAGCAGAUGUUGAUUUCCCUAUCGGGUAAGGAAUGUUUCUGUUUCCUCCAUGUACUAUCACGACUGACCUGUAGGUGGCACAGUUAGCCCACUACUCAACUAGAAGACACUGCAGAUAUGUAAUAAAUUACAAAACACAGCUACAUAUAUUUAUCACUUCUGAUGUUCUUAUUGGGAAAAAAAAAAUGAUCUGUAUUGACACUAUAAAUAUAUGGGGAUCACUUUAACAUUCAUUUGAAAUAUUAUUGGAAUUGAGGAAACUUUCUUGGCAACAAACCCACUAAUAUAUUAAAUGUCUAAUAAGGUCUAAUAGGAUUUAUAGUAUUCAAUCCCAGCUUAAAUUUUUAUACCUACUGGGAAAAAGAAUGGCCUAAGGCAUCAGAAUCUACUUGUUUCAGUUGUCAUAAACUGGUUUAGUGUGUUCUAGAGAUAUCUAGGGCAACUGCAUCUUUAUUUUAAUUAGAGACUUUUAAGAAUAAACUUCUUCAAGGCAACACUGGAUAGCCCCUGUAUGGCCUAUUCAUGUAUAUAGUUACAUUACACUUUUUGUGUGUGUUCUUAUGCUGUUCAAUAUGGAUAGGGCAAAAUGUUUUUUUUUUUUUCUUGCUCACCUACUUGCCCCCUAAUGUGUUCCCUCAUUUAUUUAUUUAUAAAAUAUUUUACCAGGAAAGAUACAUUGAGAUUUCUCUCGUUUUCAAGUAUGUCCUGGGUCCACAAAUCAUUUGAUUUGUUUUAUUUAAUUUAGCUUUAAGGACAACUGUCACCUUAAAAUUAUUUUUUAAAUAAUAAUCCUUUCAUCAAAUUUUGAAAGGCAAUAGAUUUUCUGAUGUAUUUCAAUCAUGCAUCGAAUCCAUUAUUUGAUCAGACCACACUGACCUUGCUAUUGAGUUACUCUUAGAACACUAUACCCAUCCAUGAACAUGGAGGCUUAACUCUACUUUAUUACAUGAUAAUGAUUUGAUUGAAUAUAUCUGGCAAAAAGUAGCUAAUUAUUUCACUAAAAACAUGCUAUUAUUCAUCACACGUCUGCCUCCUUCUAUAAAACUCUGGACACCAGUGCUGGAUUGCACCUUAGAAAUAUUAGGCCUUCAUUCUAUUAUUGCCUGCCCUUUGCCUCCAACUCCAUCCUUUUUCUCUGUUCUCUUUGCGCUUUUUCUUGUUCAUUUCUCUUUUUCUCUGCCUUUGUAAUAAUAUUUUGGUUUUCUUGCAGUGUUAUCAAUUUCUAAUAUUUGUAACUUCUUAGCAAUUCUUAAUUGUAUAUGCCUCUUUCACUGAAAAUUUAUAAAAAAAAUAAAUAAAAAAUCAAUCAAGAAUACAUUUUGUUUUUGAGAGAGAACAAAACUAAGUUGACAAAAAAUAAAAUGUGAUAUGACACAAAUGGAACCACCGCACAAAGUAUGAAAAUGCUAAUAAAACAUUUAUUGAUUGAAACCAAACUUUAAAAAAGGUUGCCUAAAAAUGUACAUAAAAUCUUGAUGAAUAAAUAAAAUCACAGCUAAAAAAAAGGGUAAAUGUGUGGGGAGUAGAAAACACAAUAAUAACAUCUGGACAGAAUAUCAAGAGUUGAAGAGUAAGCACUGUCAGCUAACCAAGGCACUAUGCCCAGUGUGUAUAAAAGCCAAACUGGAAAAUACGUGAGAGGAACCUGAGUAGAUAAUGCUAAAUCUCCAAGAUAAAAAGCGAUAGAUGCAGACUCUCCCAUCCCUGUAAGAAAUGUUCCAAGUGAUAUGCACAAUUUAUCCUGCAGACAUCGCUGUUAAACUGGCAUCAAUAUAAAGUGAUGUUUCAGUCAUUAGGUUCUUGGUUGGUGAGUGUCCUUGAUGGUGAGUGGGCAUUCACCUAACUAGCUUAGAGAGCUACUGUUGUGGAAAAAAAAGUUUUGCCCCUGGGACACAACAGGAUGUAAACACCAAUGUGUCUUGCAAUGGACUUCUUCAGAGCAAGGCUAGCAAUGUUGGCACAAGCAUCAUGCAUCCUUACAAGGGGAAAUGGCUUCCCUAUAUUCAAAGGUAGUUUCUUUCAAUCAGCCACAUAGAACAUUCCAACUAUAGAACCUUGUUAAAUAUCUUGAGAGACUCAUUGAUGCACAAAAAACCUCUGGAGUGUGCAAACUUGUUAUCAACCUGGCUCAGUCAGAUUUUAUCAUAGUAUAGGUUGAUCCCAGCCAUGGUAGGCCUCACAGGACCAUACUUUUCUGUUAUUUGCUGAUAUAUUGGGCUGGGCGGCUGAGUCUUCUUCUGUUACAUAACUAAAUGGAUAUUCAAGGGAGUGCCAUCAGAAACAACAAAUGGCUGCCUCCUUGCCCAACAUACACUCUUAAAAAUGUGUUCACACGUACUCACAGAGACACACAUGUAUACAAUGCUAAUACAUGGGUACACACAGAUACAAUCUGCAAGGCAUACACCCAGUUUAUACAUUUCUACAUACACAGAUCCAUAUUGCCAAACAUAUACAGUUACACACAGCAAGAUAUGCACACAGCUUGAGUCUGUUCUGUGUGGUUAAAGCUUACAGAUACUUCCAAACACACAUACUUUAAUCUCCUCCAUUCUACACCAUUUCAUUUUCCCAUCCUACCCUGUCAUUUCUCAGCAUACUAUAAGAAAUCUUCUUGGUUUUUUUCUUCUUCUUAGGGUAUUUAUCCCCUCAACCCAAGCAUCAUUUUAUCUAUGUAAAUCUGUAAUCCCACACCCUUCCUGUUGGCAUUUUAAUUACCAUUUUAGCUAUUAUUUAUGUUUACCAGCUAGAUUUAUUAUCUAUGCUUUUACAAUGUGUUGUCUUUAUUAUUAAUGAAUUUACCUAUUCUGUAUGAAACAUUGUAAUAUAAAUGCUUAUUAACUAAAAGUAAAUAAAAACAGAAACAAAUUAAUUGAAAUCAAAAUAUAGGAGAACUUGUAAUGGUUCAUUUGAGUGCAUACUCACUGUUCUCCAUCCCAAAGACCCUAUACAUUACUGCACAAAAAAAUGUUUGCACAAUGUUAUGAAGCUUUAUGGUCACUCAAUUAGGAACAAGCUUUGAAGAGUUCUGGGUCAUAAAUAACUUCUGCCAAUCACAAAACUCCAGACUCUGUUACUGUAUUACCAUAUUUUUACUGUUGUAGCUACCCCUCAUACCUUGCACCAGAGGUGAUUGCCAAAGGAAUUUUGAAGCCAACUGACCCCACUCAACAUGAGAGACCUCUGCCUUCUGGUCCUAAAUCCGAUAUUUGGUCAUUGGGUGUGAUAAUGUUUGAGCUUUGUGUGGUAUGUACAUAAACAGGUAAUAUGCAUUGUAACCAACUUAGAUUUAUUUACCAGUUACUGUAAUAAGGUAGUGGGGGUGUCAUGCAUGGGAAUAUUUUGGGAGUCCCAAACAAUGGUAAAUUGCUCCACUCUCUACUCCUGUGGAAUGCCUUAGUCAAUUGUGAGUUACAUAAUUAUGUUUUUGCUGUUGAUCCAAAAGAAAGCAAAAAACCUAGUCUGAGGCUCUUCCAAUUUUGCAACAAACUAGAAAGAAAUUAUUCUUGACCCCAAAAUAGCAGUCAGAUGUCUCCUUGGAUCAAGCAGCUAUUACCCCACUAAUUAGAAAUGAUAUCCCUGUAUGUUCCUUUUAUCAAUUUUGUAGCUCGUCUCUGCACUUUUUCCAGUGCCAUAAUACUCUUCUUUAGAACAGGUGCCCAAAAUUGCACAGCAUAUUCAAGGCGUGGUCUUACCAGCGAAUUAUAAAGAGGCAAAAUUAUAUUUUCAUCCAGAGAAUUUAUGCCCCUAUUUAUGCAUGACAAAACCUCAUUGGCCUUAGCAACUGCAGAUAGACAUUGCAUAUUGCUGCCUAAUUUGUUGUCUAUAACAAUUCCCAAAUCCUUCUCGUGUGUGGUUAUCCCUGUGGUUAUCCCUAAUUCACUACCAUUUAGGGUGUAAAUUGCUUGUGCAUUCUUGACCCCAAAGUGCAUAACUUUGCAUUUUUCUACAUUAAAUUUCAUCUGCCAUUUUAGUUGCCAGUCCCCAAAUCUAUCCAAAUCCCUCUGCAGCAAAGCAAUAUCCUUCUCACAUUUUAUUACUUUACAAAGUUUUGUGUCAUCCGCAAACACUGAAACAUGGCUUUCAAUGCCUAUUUCAAGACCAUUUAUAAAUAUGUUAAAUAGAAGCGGUCCCAAAACAGAACAGUGAGGGACACCACUUACCACCUUUGUCCAGCCUGAAAAUUUAACGUUAAUGACAACUCGUUAUACUCUAUCCUUAAGCCAAUGUUCUACCCAAGAACAAGAAUAAUCAUCUAGACCAAUUUCUUUUAGUUUGAAGACUAAGCUAUUGUUUUUUUUAAAUUUUUUUUUUUAAGUGAGGUGUUCUUCAGAAAUCAUUUGGGGGUUGUAUUUUCUGGUACAACGUUUAAAAAAAAAAAAAAUAUGAACAUUUUUAUUUAAUUCAAUUACAAUACAUAUUACAUUAAUGAAGAUCUCCUAAAAAGUUAUGUAAUCUUGCAAGGGAUCACUUAGUUACUAAGUAAUUUGCUACUGUACAACUAUGUUGCCAGUCUUUAUAGGUGUUCCCAACUGUAAACAAUGUAGCUCAGACCUCAUGUAAAGUUAGCUAUGUUUACAAUAAUUAUAAGGACAGGCUACACACUUUCAACUAUAGGCUUACCAUCAUGGUUCCUCAAGAUUAUAUUGUAUAUCCCACUCGAUUUCUGAUGAAGACUUUUUCAUCAUAAUUUUCAUUCAAUUUGUCCAUUUGUCUGAAAAAUGACAAUUGAUCCAGCCUUCUUAUUAUUUAGGGUCCUAACCCAACACCAAUGGGUGGGGGAUUAGGGAACAAUAGGUCCACAACCAACUUUAUUACUUUGGGCCCCCACCUGCCGCCAAUAGGUGGUAGCUGCUUGGGGACAGUAAAUUUACCCCAUCUCAUUAUUUAGGAGCCUUAAUCGCACCAACGAGGUGGGGGGUGGGUGUAGUCCCCUUUGUUACUUAGAACCUUUACCUGCCGUCAAUUGGUGGGGGUUGACAUGAGGUCUAUUUAUUUUAAAAGACUUGGCUUUUGGAAUGAGAGCACCGUCAGUACCACCUUUAUUUUAUUUAGGAGGAGAACCCCAUUAGUUUAAAUGGCUUCCCAUUGUCCCCCAAGUUAAUUAUUUUAUAAGGUGCCUGAUCAUUAGGACAUGGUGGAUCUGUGCCAGGUUCCCUUUUCUUAAAUUAGCAACUGGGCAGCAAUAAUUAUUGGGCUAGGAUGGUUUAGUUUGUAAGAUUAUUUUAACCGUGUACCAUUAUUUAUCUUAUCUUGCUCCUGCUAUUGUUACAUUCUUGCAAUGCAAUGUGGAUCAGUGUUUUUUCUUUAUUCUUUACACUUGACACUAGAUUCUUAUGAAACGUUCAGUGUACAUGAAUCAUAUUCUAUCAGGGUUAUUCACUAAAGUGAGAAUUGUGAGAAAUUCAAAGUAAUUCUCAUUCUUAAGGCCAAAAUAGCUGAAUUAGAAAAAAAAAAGUCACCUUUGCUUCUAGAUCAGCUUCUUUGGCCUUAAAUAUAAAAUUCACUUUGAAUUCAUGAUAAUUAUCACUUUAGUAAAUAUUUUAGUCUAAAUACAAGAUGACAUGGAAUUCUCUUCUUUUACCUAAAUGUUAUGCGUGAGUGAUUUGUUUAUUGUUAUUUUUUUCUUGUGGCAGGGAAGGAAGUUAUUUCAGAAUUUGGGAAUUAAUGAGAAAUUAAAACUAAUACUUACAUUAGGUAUGUAACAAUCCAAUUUGUUUUAUUUUUUGUUUCCUUAAAGAAGAAACCCUGAACAAACUAGUGUUGAUUUGAAUAAUGAGAGGUGAUUUAUAAAUUGACUAUGAAGAAAAAAGUGGAAUCUCACAAAAACAACCAAAGAUAGCAUGUAUUGCUAAUGUCAACUAUAAUUAGCAUUUAAAAAUGUUAAAGGGACACUCUAGUCACCAGAACAACUACAGCUUAUUGUAUUUGUUCUGGUGAGUAGAAUCAUUCCCUUCAGGCUUUUUACAGUAAACACUGUCUUUUCAGAGAACAUGCAGUGUUUACAUUACAGCUUAGGGAUACCUCCAUGGACUACUCCUUGGAUGGCUGCUAGAUAUGCUUCCUGGGGAAGUGCUGUAUAGUGUGUAGUACUGCCAUUCAGUGUCUCGACCCUCUGCAUGCAGACAUUAAACUUUCCUCACAGAGAUGCAUUGAUUCAAUUGAUCUUUCUGAGGAGAUGCUGAUUGACCAGGGCUGUGAUUGACUUGUGCUGGCUCUGCCCCGUAUCUGCCUCCUUGACAGUCUCAGCCAAUCCUAUAUGAAAGCAUUGUGAUUGGCUCACAGAAUCACUUUUGAUGAUGUCAGCUGUAAGGUCAGGUGUAGAGCCAGCAGAUGCAGACUUGAAUGCAAGUAAGAUUUUACUAUAUUUAGGGGCAAAGGGAGGGCCAUGGAGGCUAGAUAGAGGUUAUAGGGUCUUGACCCUACAGUGUUCCUUUUAACCUCUAGUAGAUCCUUCAUAUGUGGUGGGCAUGUUAUUAUGUAGAAGACUUUCCCUUACCUCUCUUACCCCGUUAACAAACAAUCCUAAUAGAUAUAUAAGGGUUUAGCAAUAUAGUAUAGGCUUACAAAACUAUUAAAUCGCCUUGGAUCAAGCUGAAUGCAUAUAAAUCUUGUUUUAUUUUAAAUGAAUGUUUACAUUACUGUAGAAUUUUUUCUCUGAUUAUAUUUUGAAUGGACAUGUGUGGCGGCUUUUGUAGAAUUUACUCCAGUAUUGUUCAGCAUUUCCAUACACAUUCAUUUGGGAAUCAAAAGCACCAUGGGUCUCAAGAAUGCUAACUUAUUGAUCAGUGUUCUCUAUACUGUCUAGUUACUUGACCAGUGCCCACAACUCAUCAUUUGUGUAAAUAUAUCAUCCCUUUUUUCUUUGUAUAUUUAUUUAUUGUAAAUAGACACAUUUAUUCUCCGUUUAAUGCCUUAUAAUGACUAAUUUUUUCAGCUCUGUCAUUAUAUAUUUAAAGUGUGCAACAAGCUCCCUAAAUAAGAGCUGACAGUCCCCACCCUUUGUUGCCUAGUGUCAUGUAACUAAUAGUCUGACAGUGCAUGCCCAGAUAUUAAAUAAAAUGUUUGUUGUUGUAAUAGUUUUAAUAGUUCUAUUUCUCCAAGUUGUGUAUGAUGUAGGUGAAAUUUGUUGGCAUUUAAUUUUUUUUACAGGUUCCUUAUUGAGAUGUAUAUAAAGCCAGACCUCUUUUUCUACCAGUUUCUGUUUGUUUUUUCUUUCAGUUGAAGAUAGUUGUUACAUGGUGGUUGUUGUCUUUGUAUGUAUACUGCUCACUCCCUUGAUGUUAUCUCUGCUCCCUCAGGCUGUGUUGAUGACAUUGUGACUGCUCUUGGUGAGGAGCAUGGCUGUAUGGAUAUUAUAAAGGUAUGUACACUGUUACUGGAACUCUUAUUAACAUUUUAUUAUUUGAAUUUUGAAAAUAAUUUUGGAUUCUGGACACUUUGUUGUGGACAUAAUGUUUCUUUUCUUUUAAUACAUUUUGUGAUUAUUUUUUAAUGUAUUAUCAUUAAUAAACUGCAUGGUUGUGAUCAGAGGCGUAACUAGAAACCUCCGGACCCUGGUGGAAAAAUUGUCCGGGGACCCCCCAUGUGUCUCAUUUCCCCAACAGUCCCUCCAUGUGUCUCACUACCCCCAGACCCCCAUGUGUCUCAGUUCCCUCCCCAGCCCCGCUAUGUGUCUCUUUCCCCCCAGCCCCUCUGUAUCACAUUCCUUCACCCUCCAUGUGUCUCAUCCACCCCAGCCCCUCUAUGUGUCUCAUUCCUCCAGCCCCUCUAUUUCUCAUUCCCUCCCACGCCAAGGCCCUCCAUUUGUUUCAUUCCCGAUUUGCCCCCAGCCCUUCUGGGUGUCCCCCCCCAAGCCCUUCCAUGUGUCCCAUUCCCCCAAGCCCCUUCAUGUGUCUCAUCCCCCCAGUUUCCCCAUGUGUCUCAUGGGGAAACUGGGGCCCUCUGUAUCACAUUCCUUCACCCUCUAUGUGUCUCAUUGCUCCAGCCCCUCUAUUUCUCUUUCCCUCCUCCCCAAGCCCCUCCAUUUGUUUCAUUCCCGAUCUGCCCCCAGCCCUUCCGGGUUUCCCAUUCCCCCCAAGCCCCUUCAUGUGUCUCAUCCCCCCAGUUCCCCCAUGUGUCUUAUUCAUCCUCCUUUCCAUUUGUCUUAUUUCCCCCUCCCCAAGCCCUCCCUGUGUCUCAUUUGCCUCCCCAUAUUUCAUUUCCCUCCUCAGUCCCUCCAUGUGUCUCAAUUCCCCCAAGCCCUUCUAUGUGUCUCAUUCCCAGCCCUUCUGUGUCUUAUUCCCAGGCCCCCCAUGUGUAUCAUUCCCUCUCCACCCAGCCUCUCCAUUCCUCUCAUUCCCUCUCCACCCAGCCCCUCCAUUCCUCUCAUUCCCUCUCCCCCAGCCCCUCAUUCUUUAUCUCUCACCCUCCCAAUCCCUCUAUUUGUCUCAUUCCUCCCUCCCUCCCUGCCCAUUCCAUUCUGACUUUGUGUAGCGAGGCCGAGCGGUAACCGGUCUAACAAGAAGUGCUCUCUCUUUCCAUGAGACUCUGAUUUGCUCAGCCAUGCUACACACAGAGACCGGCAGGAAGGGAGCAGCACAGUACUCCCCUCCUGGCGGUCAACCGGCAAACGUGGGACCCAAGCCGGAGCACGGCCUGAAGAUGUGGUGGCCUCUACUGUCGUAGGGAUUUGCAGCUGCAGCCGGGCCCCCUGGAAUAACAGGCUCAGUCACAGCUGUGACCCCUGUGACCGUGGUAGGUACGCCACUGGUUGUGAUAUUCUUUUUUUAAUAUUCUUAGUAUGUGAGAUGGCCAUUGACCAAACUUUUAUCCCAAAAUGUCAAGCUAAGUAUUUGUAUGGGGAGUGGAUUGGGACAGACAAAUAAAAUAUAUGGCUCAUUCACGUUAUCUGUGAAUAUCACACACAUACAUCCUAAAUGUACCCUAUUAGCAAAUAAUAUUUACAUUUUAGACAGGGGUUAUUUUUGUUGAUCCAGAAUAUUAGGUUAUUUUAUGUGUUUUAUAUAGUUGUGUUUUAAUACAUGCAUGUAUGUGCUUUACAGGAUCUCCCCGAAUCUAGAUUAACCUUAUUGCGGAAAUGUCUCACAUUCCAUCCAUCAAAAAGGUAAUGAAGUAACGGAAGAUGAAAAAGGAUCUUUUUUUCACUAAAUAUAUAUAUAUGUUAUGUUUUUGUUUUAUACUUUUUCUGUACAUUAAGCAAGCAUGUGUCCUGCGAGUUCUCUGCACUCAAUAAAAAAAAUAUUCUCCCCAUUGGGUACAUGUCUACUACUUGCCAAAAGGGAGCAAGAACAGGAGAGGGAGAUAUACUUACAGUUCUUCCAUCUCCAUGCUGCCAACAAGCUAUCUUCAACUCUCAGCAGGGGAGGUUCAUACACAAGAUAGUAUUAAGUAGCUGGACUUGUAGAUGUUAUUACCAGUAGUUUUCAAGAGACUAGUUCUAAGACUUGAUUCUGGCCUCACCUUUGAGCCUCACAUCCAGUAUGUCGCCAAAUCCUGUAGAUUCCAUCUUAAAAACACUUUCUUAAACAAGAUGCUACCAAGGAGCUUGUCCAUGCUCUAGUAAUUUCCCACAUGUAUUACUGUAACCCUCGCCUAAUUGGUCUUCCCAAAAGCCAUAUUGACCCACUACUGUAAUGAAUGCUACCACCAUACUUAUUUUUCUCUCUAGUUGGUCCUCUCACAUCUCACCCCUCUGUCAGUCCUUACAUUGGCUUCCUGUAUCCUAUAGGAGUCAAUUCAAAGUGCUAACCCAUACCUAAAAAGCAUUGAACAUUGGAGCCCCUCUUAUAUCUCAUCACAGAUCCAUAGGUAUGCUCCUUCUUGGUCUCUCCGCUCUGCCCGUGACCUUCUCCUGUCCACUGCUCGCACCAGUACGGCCAACUCGCGCUUGCAGGACUUCUCGCGGGCGGCUCCCUUCCUAUAAAAUAGCCUGCCUACCACCAUCAGACUCUCCCCUAGUCUUCAAUAAUUUAAGAAGUGCCUUCUUUAUGAAAGCUUAUGGCCUCCCAAAGUAACCUCUCCCUUACAUACCUGUCUCUUGCUCUCUCCUAUAGGGCAGCACUCUACUCUCAUCUCCAGCUCUGCUUCACUCCCACCUUAUUUGAUUGCUAUUUCCUGUCCUAAUGUGUUUAUACCCCACCUUCUAUAGACUGUAAGCUUGUUUGAGCAAGGUCCUCUUACCUAUCGUUCCUGUAAGUUUUCUUGUAAUUGUCCUAUUUAUUAUUAAAUCCCCUCUUAUAAUAUUGUAAAGCGCUACGGAAUCUUUUGGCGCUAUAUAAAUGGGAAUAUUAAUAGUAAUAAUAAUAGGACUUACUAUAAAUUAAUGUAAUGUUCCUCAAUGAGAAAACCAUAAGCAUAGCAUUGUUAAUUAGAGGAGUGUAGUUUUUCCAAGUUUGUCUUUAUAUUAAACUAGUGUUUUACAAAUGCCAGUUCUUUCAUAUAUUUCUAAAGAGAGCGUUUAUGUAAUGAUAGUUGCUUCAUGUCUCUUGUUGCUCGUUGCCAGGGACUUGUGCUGUUAAUGCUAUUUGUUGUGUUUGUUUAGGCCCACUGCUACAGACUUGCUCCAUGACAGUGUGUUCAGUGAAAUUUCUCCACUAUAUGUGCCUUACCGCAAACCUGCCAGUCUUUUUUCAUCAGCGCUGAGGUGUGCUGAUUUAAUUCUGCCUGAAGACAUCAGUCUCCUAUGUAAAGGUACGGUGACCCCUCAAAGGAUGGCCACAGGUCAACAAGGAAUGACAGAGAGUUUAGGAUUCAUUGUCACGGACUAUGUAAAAAGUAAUAGUAGCUUUUGUGUACUGUUGUUAUGUUAGAGUUGGACAGUGAUUUCCUCGCAGAACGAUCGAUUGAAGAGGUAUACUAUCUCUGGUGUCUGGCUGGAGGUGACUUGGAAAAAGAGCUCAUCAGUAAAGGAAUUAUUCGUUCAAAGCCACCCAUCUGCACCCUACCUAAGUAAGAGGAACACAUUGCUUUGCUCUGAAAUAGAGGUGUGAGGGGUUAGGAUAGUGAUUGUGUUUAUUGUCUGCCUGUACCUGUGUUUGUUACUAUGUGCCUGAGACUGUGCACAUGUAAUGAAUACUAAAACUGCUGGAUAGGAGAUCCAGACACAAGAGUAUCAACUGGAAAUCUAAUUGAAUUGAAAAUAAUAAUACAUCAAAGAAAGAAAAAAGUAAAUAAAUAAAGAAGUAAUGGCAGUACAUAAACGUGCUCCUAAACUAAAAAGUCAGAAACAGAUGAAAAAUCACUGAAGCCAAAUGGCUAACCUCCAAAAUCUCUGGUCUCUGGGAAUAUUUAUGAUCGUUCAGACUCCAGACUUUAAUUCUAAUUUACAGGGUCAAUGUCUGAAAAGAAUCAAUAAUAAAAAUGUAUACACAUAGACCUAGAGCCUGGUCGAGAACCAGUGCAAUCUGUAUACCCUCAGAAAGAUAGGUAGCUUAAAUCAUAUGUUUUAAAGAGUGGAAUAUUCAAUGCCUUUUGCAAAGGUUAGGAGGGGUAAUGGUAACACUGACUCUAAGUUCUGAGAGAUCCUCUGACUUCACAAUUUAAAGUCUAACUAUUUGUCACUAAUUCAGCCCCUAUUGGAACGAAUGGCAAUUUAGAUAUAUGUUGUGUCAAUUUUGUAUUGUAGGAAUAACUACAUUAUUUAGUCUUAUGUGGUCUUUUGAUUUAAGUUUUCACACAAGCUCAUAUUUCCAUUUAGCCAUAUGGGUUUGCCUGUGUCCACAGAUCAACAAGAUAGCUCCUCUUUUCUUUAAAACAUAUGAUUUAAGCUACCUAUCUUUCUGAGGGUAUACAGAUUGCACUGGUUCUCGACCAGGCUCUAGGUCUAUGUGUAUACAUUUUUAUUAUUGAUUAUUUUCAGACAUUGACCCUGUAAAUUAGAAUUAAAGUCUGGAGUCUGAACGAUCAUAGAUAUUCCCAGAGACCAGAGAUUUUGGAGGUUAGCCAUUUGGCUUCAGUGAUUUUUCAUCUGUUUCUGACUUUUUAGUUUAGGAGCACGUUUAUGUACUGCCAUUACUUCUUUAUUUAUUUACCUUUUUCUUUCUUUGAUGUAUUAUUAUUUUCAAUUCAAUUAGAUUUCCAGUUGAUACUCUUGUUUCUGGAUCUCCUAUCCAGCAGUUUGAGUAUUUUUUGCAGUUUCACGGAUAGGGGUUAAGCCCCAUGAUAUUUCUGGAGUGUCUAAUAAGGUGUUACUUUCUACAGGUUGUGUGGAUUAGUCUUGCUUUUGACAACCACCACGUGUAGACUUUUUUUCUUUUGGACUGUGCACUUGUGCCUGUAUUUGAUAGUGUAUGUGUAUAAUUGUGUGCAUCUGACUGUGAGACUGUGUGCAAGUGACUCUGACAAAACACACACCUGCAUUCGCACAUGGGUCACGCGCAUAUGUUUGUCUGAAUUAAAUACCCAUUACACACAGUCAAUAAACACAUGUAUCACACACAGUCAAUACACCCAUUAAUAUUAUCACACACAGCCAUUAUGCCUACCACACACAGACAACACACACAUUACAUCAUAUUAUUAUGAGAUUUAUUACAGUGGAGAUCUAUCAUACAAAAUGUACAUUAAUCUGUGUUUUAUAGUCGGGGAGGCCAAUGAUACAAAAACGAGGGAGGGGUGCUGUCAAGAUUUUUCACACAGGGUGCCUUAAGGUCUAGAUUUCUAUCAGAUUUCCCUACCCCAGCAGGAGUGCUACCAAGCAUGUGCAGCACAGGCUACAGCUGAUUCCCCUCACCGGAAGUGACGAGGGUAGGGGAUUUUCAUGGGUAGGGAAAUCUGAUAGAAAACUGUCCCUGAGUGUAAGUGAGCCGUUGUCCAUGUCUGUACUUCUAUGUUGUAAGCAAAAAAAUGUGACCAGUUAUAUACUUUGUUACACAAGCGACAUGUCAUAUAUAUAUUUUGUUAUCAUCAGUUAGCACUAAGAAAGUGUAAGCGUUACACAAUCCGUAUUAUAUGUCAGCUGUUCUGUAAUGUCAUUUCUUUUAUAGUGCUAAAACCUUAUAGCAAUUGUACAUUUGUGGUGCUAGGUACUUGUUAUUAUUAUACAUUUUGAAAGAUAUUGAUAAUUACUAUGUCUUUUCAUUAAAGCUUUCUGCUUGAAGAUGGUGAAAGUUUUGGCCAAGGAAGAGACAGAAGUUUCCUUUUGGAUGACACCACUGUGAAUUUAUCUCUCUGUCAGCUAAGAAAUGUAAGACUGCCUCUUUGAUAUUGGGUAGUGUUACAUACUAAAAUAGACAACUAAAAUGAAUACAGAAUAGAAAGUGUAAUCAAGGAGACAGUGCCCUAAAAUUGUCAAAUGAUAAAUCAUUGACAGAAGCUACAUAUGAAAAAUAGAAAAUUAUUUGAUAAAAAGCCAUUCAAAAUUAUAUGAAACUGCUAAAACAACUAAUUUUGCAAUAAAUCAUAAAAUCAUGUCAGAAUCAUAACAAAACUGUUUUGAUGGGAAUCUGACUCGUAUACUUAAAAUUGUAACUAAAAUAAAGUUUACCACAACAACAGAUCAGUCGUGUUACAUACCUCCUAACCGUUGGCAGAUUGGCAACUGUGGCAGAAGUUGACCUUUAAGGGGUGUGUUAGUGACAUAGCUGGCAUCACUAACAAUGUCCAAAGAGGGUGAGCCCAUCCAAGAAAGGGAUGCACCUUUUUGGAUGUAAGCCUGAUAUGAAAGCUUGCCAGACUGACUGGCCAUCACAUUGGCCAGUCCCACACAUGUGUACACAUGCAAAGAGAGAUGUUAAAGUACUCUGCUCAUGUCUUGGGAGCCCUAAUUACAACUUGUGUAGCAUGAGCAUGUCUAAAGAUGCAGUCACAUUGUGCUGUUUGGGCAAUCUGUCUCUGUUGUCCCCUGUAUGGGGAAACAGAAACCUAAAUUGUUGACUGUUUCACCGAACACAGGUCUGUUGUAUGCAUGCUAUUAAUUUCAAAUGUAAAAAUCUGUGGCGUACACACAACCCAUGGGGCCCCGGUGCGAAAACUGAUCCGUGGCCCCCUUUCCCUCCCCCCGCCUCUCGCGCGCUUACUCUGCGCGGGCUGGGGCCGCAACACAUUAACGGCGGGCAUCUGGCCGCAGGGCUGCGACCCCUGCGACCGCGGUAUGUAUGCCAGUGCAUGCAGAUACACAUACACAUAAAGGACCACUACAGACACCCAGAUCACAUCAGCUCAAUGAAGUGGUCUGGGUGCCAGGUCCCUCUAGUUUUAACCCUGCAGCUGAAAACAUAGCAGUUUCAGAUAAACUACUAUGUUUCACUGAGGGUUAAUCCAGCCUCUAGUGGCUGUCUCAUUGACAGCCGCUAGAGGAGCUUCCACGAUUCUCAAUGUGAAAAUCACAGUGAGAAGACACUGAACGUCCAUAGGAAAGCAUUGAGUAAUGCUUUCCUAUGGGUGGUUUGAAUGCGCGCGCGGCUCUUGCCACGCAUGCGCAUUCGGAGCUGAGAGGCAGAUCGGGACGGAGAGAUCCCCAGCACCAAGGGAGUCCGGCGCUGGAGAAAGGUAAGUGCUUAAGACACACAUACUCUCGCGAACAGACGCAUACACACUAGCUAACAGACACACACAUUUACUGACAUACACACUCAUUGAGACAGACACACACUCACUCACUUACAAAACACACACUCACUAACAGACGCACACAAACUAACACACUCAGUGACAGACACACAGUAACACACUCACUGACACACUCUAACACUAACGCACACACUAACACACACACACACUCUAACACUAACACACACUGACACACACAUACUCUAACACACACACACACUCUAACACACACACUAACUAACACACACACACUCUAACACACACACUAACACACACACACACACACUCUAACACACACACACUCUAACAAACACACACACUCUAACACACACACACUCUAACACUAACACACACACUCUAACAAACACAUACACUCUAACACAUACAUUUUAACACUAACACACACACUCUAACACACACACACACUCGAACACUAACACACACACUCUAACACACACACACAUUUUAACACUAACACACACACACUCUAACAAACACACACACUCUAACACACACACACUCUAACACUAACACACACACUCUAACAAACACACACACUUUAACACACACACACAUUUUAACACUAACACACACACUCUAACACACACACACUCGAACACUAACACACACACACACACACUCUAACACACACUCACUCUAACAAACACACACACUCUAACACACACACACUCUAACACUAACACACACACUCUAACAAACACAUACACUCUAACACAUACAUUUUAACACUAACACACACACUCUAACACACACACACACUCGAACACUAACACACACACUCUAACACACACACACAUUUUAACACUAACACACACACACUCUAACAAACACACACACUCUAACACACACACACUCUAACACUAACACACACACUCUAACAAACACACACACUUUAACACACACACACAUUUUAACACUAACACACACACUCUAACACACACACACUCGAACACUAACACACACACACACACACUCUAACACACACUCACGUUUAAAAAAAAAAAAAAUGUAUCCCCCCAGCCUCCUUACCUGUGGGAGUGCUGAGGGGACUCCCUGGGGUCCACUGGUGUCACCCGGCAGGCAGGCUGGCGGGCGCGCUACGGAGCACUCUCCCCUGAGUGCGCUCCCUCUUCAGCUCCCUAACUCGCCGCGUACUGAUGCCGAAGCUGGAAAAUGACGUCAUCUUCCGGCUCCGGUAUUAGUGUGGUGCGCGAGGGAGCUGAAGAGGAAGCACACAGGGGAGAGUGCUCCCUCGCACGCCUGCGAGCCAGCCCGCCGGGUGACACCAGGGCCAGCCUCGGGGGGGCCCUGAGGUGGCCGGCUCCUGGGCCCCCCAGGAGAAGAGGCUGGCCACAGUGGCAUACAUACCGGGUCGCAGGGCGGCCGGGCCCCCUGGUGGGCCGGGCCCAGUCGCAGCUGCGACCCCGUUAUGUACGCCACCAGUAAAAAUGUUUCUCCCCCCACCACUACCCAAAUAAUGAUAAGUGCAGUUGGUAGUGGCUCUGAAUUUUUUUUUUUGAAUCUUACCAACCACAAAAUUAUGGUGAGAGGAAUGUGACGUCAAGUGCUUUGUACAUUUAAAUGUCUGAAGUGCAUGAAUUUGUACUGCUAAUUUUUUUCUAGUUUUCUGUUACUUAUGUUCACUGAAGUGCACAAGCCACUAUGGAUGACCUAGUCCAGUCUUUGGGUCUCCUUACUUUGAGGUUCAGGUUACCAAAUACAGUAACAUAUGACAUUUUGUGUGUGUGUAUAUUUACAAACAGCAGACAUAACAAGUAACAGCACAGCAAUACUCCCACUUUAUGGUGCAAUGCUAGAUAAAAUUAAAUGAGAACAUAAAUAAAUGUCAUGACUGACCCCGGUGCAGAUAUGAAACUUGUUUACUCACUAGUCAGAGUAAGUGGAGUGUUCUGUGGAGGGUUUCAAAAGUACUUUGUGCAACACAGAAGUAUUUGAGUGCAGUUACCCACACCAUGUGUAUGAAAGCACCCACCCACAGUGACAAGACUAGGCAAGUUGUUUCAGAGCAUUCUACAGCACCAGAAGAUGUCUUGGUACUACUCUUGAUAUUAGCCAAGAAAGAUUUCUUUUAAAAACACAAAACAAAUUACAAAAGCAGAAGACACACUGGUGCAAGGUGCAAAAAAAACCACUUCCUAAUGGAUCAUUAUAGGGACAGGAACACAAACAUGUAUUCCUGACCCUAUAGGUUUAAAACCACCAUCUAGCCACCUUGGUCCUCUCAUGUCUCCCUAAAAUAGUAAAAUCUUACUUGUAUUCAAGUCUGCAGCUGCAUGCUUUGUCACUGUUUCCUUUAGAUCUGCCCACUGCCUGCUGACAUCAGCAGAAGUGGUAGCCUGAUCCAAUCACAAUGCUUCCCCAUAGGAUUGGCUGAGACUGUCAAAGAGGCAGAUCAGGGGCAGAGCCAGCACAAUUCAAACACAGCCCUGGCCAAACAGCAUCUCCUCAUAGAGAUGAAUUGAAUCAGUGCAUCUCUAUGAGCAAAGUUCAGUGUCUACAUGCAGAGAGAGGAGAUACUGAAUGUUUGGAUGUAUUUUAGGCAUCUAUGACCCAGGAAGGAUCUCUUAACAGCCAUCUGAGGAGUGGCCAGUGAAGUUAUCACUAGGCUGUAAUGUAAACACUGCAUUUUCUCUGUAAAGACAUUGUUUACAGCAAAAAGCCUGAAGGUAAUGAUUCUACUCACCAGAACAAAUUCAAUAAGCUGUAGUUGUUCUGGUGACUAUAGUUUCCCUUUAGACUUGAAAACUGGGUUAGAGUCCUGUGUCAAAGUUAUGGAGUGCACAAAUCCUUAUGAAAAACCUUCUCAUGAGCUUAUUCUAAUUGAUAUCAUGAACUAACCAUCUGCUGAAUAUUGCUUGGCUAUUUUUUCUGAGUUUCACUCCUGUUUGCUCUACAAGCUAGAUUGGAUGAUGUCACAUUUGUGCAGCUGUUAUGUUUCAUAGUAAAUAGAUACAAAUAUCAGUUGGACACAUUAUUGCUGAUUUAAAUAGCGUUUUACACGUGUACCCUGGUAUUAUUUUGAAAAUAAUAGCCAAUUAAGGCUUCAAUGUAAUAAGCUUUCCAAUGGUUCAAUGCUGUUAAAAAAAAAAACCUCUCCUUGUAAUUUAUCUACAGACGUCACCCAUUAUAGCCUCUUGAAUUUUUUUAAUCAUUACCAAAGCGUAUUAAAUUGAGAUCUAAGUACUAAAAGAGCAUGCAGUACAAAAGCAGCAUAAACAGAAAACAUUGUAGAUAAUGUUUCCUGAGAGGAAAAGGAAUAAGAGAAAGACGGGAGAUAUCAGACAGAGACUAUUAGUAGUCCAGAGGUAAACUAGCUGAGCAGAAGUCUCCAUUUGGCAUCAAAAAAGGGACACUGAUCAGUGUGUUAGUAUAUGAGGUACCUUCAGUUGUGUUGAGAUAGGUGCAAACUUCCCAGGGAUCCCACAUGCAAUACUUUUUUUUUUUUUUUUUUUUUUUUCGGAUCAAAAUGGUAUAUUUUGGGGGGUUUUUUUUUAAUCUUUGCAACAAUGACCAACAUCUGAUCUAUAUAGUUUCUUUAAUUUUUUUACCCAUUUGUUUGUACUUUAUAGAGAUUAAAAGAUGUCCCAGGAGAAGUGUUUUAUCCACUACUGGGAGAAGAGUGAGUAUAUAUGUUUAUGCUGCUUUAAUAUAUCUAAAGUCUUAUUUUUGGAUUAUUUUAGAAGCUGAAACAAUGAAUAAUGCAAGUUUAUUUAUCUGAAAAAGCAAACACCAUAGCAUAUUUCUUAUAUGUAGGAUUGCUACGUUCUUAGUUUACAGUUCCAACAUAUUUGCGGCAAGGUUUAAUGGAGGCAUUUUAUAUCUGUUUGUGCAGGAAGUAAUUUAUGUAUCUUUUUUUCUUACUGGGGUGAAGUUUGCAAUGUGUUGUUAAUAAUUUCACCAUUUGCAUUGUUUAUACACACUUUAAUUUGGCCGUGGUUUGCACACAUCUAUCGCAAUGUCUCAGGAAAUGACAGGCCGUAAGAUUAGCUACUAUUAUAUUGGAACAAACUCUGAGGGUGAACAUUCAGUAAAAUUUGGUAGUGAGACAAAGUGCCAAUCUGAAAUACCAGGAAGAUGUGAAUGUAACUGGGUGCACAAAUAUCAUCUGACAUAUUGUGUUGUUUAUAACUACCUUUCAGCCAGUCCAAUGUACCCCAUUCAGGCAGCAACAAUGAGCUAUCUACCUCAGCCCUUCCUCUGAUUAUUCGAGAGAGAGACACAGAAUAUCAACUUAACAGGAUUGUUUUAUUUGAUAGACUUCUAAAGGUAAGCUUAUACAACUAGCUGCACAUUGCACUACGAUGAGUUAUCUGUGGCGGUCUGACAAGGUGUCACCGCUACGGAUAUCCUUUUUCCCAUAUAGACAAGCAAAUAAUUCCACAGGUAAAAUAUAACUGGUGUAGCAUAACCCCCCCACACAUGAACCAAGGCUUAAUGCUGGAAGAAGACUGUAAUGGAAGCACAGGCAUCAAAUUUAUACAGUCAGUCAACUCCUCCUCUGUGCCUGAGAGAUAAUUGAGUCAGGAACUGUACAAACUCAAUUAUCUCCAGGGACAGAAAAGUAUAACAAUUUCUGAACAAUCCAGAAGUACCCGCAAAAUACAUGGAAACCCACAAAAGUUUUGGAUCGCCAUCGCUGGGAAGUUCUGACCGGCCUGCCAUGAGGUUAAAGCCCAAAAUAGUUCCAGGAAAAUUGUGGCAAGAGCCGGUCUCCGUUCAUGGGGUUUUGUACGAAAACCACACAAGUUAGAUAAAAGCAGUAGAGAAUGCUCCCUGUGUUCGGUAGUAUAUAUCUCCCGAACGCCAUUCGUAUAGGUGAACGGGAACGGGUAGCAGGUCCAUGAUGACCAGGGUUCGCGGGAGUGCCUGGCUGAAAUGAGUUCGAGGCACUCGAUGACCAAGUUCCGCUGCCUGCGUUCGGAUGACAAAAUGGCCACCCAAUGGAGCAUUUAAUUACUUCGUUACGUUGUGGUUUUCGUGCAAGAUAUUUAACGUUUCACAUUCUAAUGGGUCUCUGGGGUGGUCUCAGUUCAGGAACCGAACAAAAUAAAUGAAAAAAACUUGGGCUCGAAUCCAGACAACAAAAAGGAGCCGAAAGUGAUGGGGUAUUCCUUCACAUUGUCACUUCUAAACUCUGAAAGGUUUGCUACUAUUAGUCCUCAAUAAAUCAUUUACAUAUAUAAUUUAAUAUAUAUAAGCUAGGUAGAGCAGUGGUAAUGUCACUUUCUUAGCAUUGGGCAACCCAUCCAAUCCUUAUAGAUUGUAAGCUCGUUUGAACAGGGUCUUCACCUCUAAAAUCGCUUUUCUAUUAUUGUAAAGCACUGCAGAAUAUGUUGGUGCUCUAGAAUGAUAAUAGUAAUAAUACUGACCUAGGUUUAGAAGAUUAAACACAAUUUCUGUAUAUACUGAUGGAUAACUGCACCCAACACUCAGGGCCAGAUUAAGAGCCUAGUGGACCUGGUGCUGACAAUUAUGACGGGCCUAAUUACAGAAUCAUAUCGACCAAAAACAGUAAAACACUCCCAAGCAUCAUGUAUCUGAUGGAGAUGGUGCUGGAGAGAAAGAAAACCGCAGCUAUAAGAAAACACAUACCCCAGGCUAAUCUCUCACUAAUUUAUGUUUUCAUCUUUCAAGUAAAUCCAUAACCCCUAACAGCAGAGUCCAGUCAAGCAGGAAGUCAAUGGGAACGGCAAAAGGGUGUGCCACUGACACAAAUCACGUAAUCUGCCAAAAGGGGCGAACAUGCCCAAAAAGAGGAUAUGUCUGCCCAAAGAAUUAGAAGGCCAGUCUGGUAUGAAUGCAUGUCAGGCUGCCUGCCAAUCAUGCAGCUCGCCAACUAAGGGCAUACUAUGCAGACAGCACCCUGAGCUUGGCAUAAAUGCAUCUAAUGAUGCGCUCGCUCAACGCUUUCUAAGGACUGUCCCCUAGCACUCGCUGGUCCACUUGUCUGCUUACCUUCUUACUAGCAGGCAGAAGCUCCUGGUAUAUAGUCUGGGACAGAGAAAAGCUGUACGUAGUGAGUGUAGAAGAAAGGGAACUUGCCACCAAAGUCAGCAUUACCUUAAAAGAUCACUAUAGGGUCAGGAACAUAAACAUGAAUUCAUGACCCUAUAGUGUUAACACCACCAUCUAGCCCACCUUGGCCCCCCAUGCCUCCAUAAAUAUAGCAAAAUCUUACUGUAUUCAAGCCUGAAGCUGUAACUCUGCAUGCUGUUAGACUCAGAAAAAUAAGCAGUCUGCUGACAUGAUCAGAAGUGGUAGCCUGAUCAAAUCACAGUGCUUCCCAAUAGGAUUGGCUGAGAAUGACAAAGAGACAGAUCAGGGGUAGAGCCAGCAUGAUCAAACACAGCCCUGGCCAAUCAGCAUCUCCUCAUAGAAGACGGGAAGACCUAGGGACACGGAGACACCAGUGACACUGGGGGACUAGGGGACUCUGGCUGGGACGCAUGGGGACACUGGGAAAAUAAGGGACACUUGAAGACAUGGGGACACAGACACCAUGGACACAGUCAUUAGAGACACUGGCUGGGGGACAUGGGGACAUUGAGACAUGGGGGGGCACUGGGAGACAUGGGGACAAGGAGACACCAGGGCCACAGACACUAGGGACACUAGCUUGGAGACAUGGGGACAUUGAGACACUUGAGGCACUGGGAGACAUGGAGGCACUAGGAGACAUGGGGACAGUGAGACACUGGGAGACUAGGGGGCACUGGGAGACUAGGGAGCACUGAGACACCAGGGACACUGGCUGGGAGACAUGGGGACACUGUGUUCCCAUGUGUCUGUGUCAUAAUGUCUCCCAAUGUCCCUUAGUGUCUCCGUGUCUGCCAUGUCUCCCAAUGUCCCUUAGUGUCUCAGUGUCUGCCAUAAUCUCUCCCAGUGCCCCUUAGUGUCUGUCUGCCACAAUGUCUCCCAAUGUCCCUUAGUGUCUCAGUGUCUGCCAUGAUGUCUCCCAAUGUCCCUUAGUGUCUCAGUGUCUGCCAUAAUGUCUCCAAAUGUCCCUUAGUGUCUCAGUGUCUGCCAUAAUGUCUCCCAAUGUUUCUUAGUGUCUCAGUGUCUGCCAUAAUGUCUCCCAGUGCCCCAGUGUCUGCCAUGUCUCCCAGUGCCCCUUAGUGUCCCAGUGUCUGCCAUAAUGUCUCCCAGUGUCCCUUAGUGUCUCAGUGUCUGCCAUACUGUCUCCCAAUGUCCCUUAGUGUCUCAGUGUCUGCCAUAAUGUCUCCCAGUGUCCCUUAGUGUCUCAGUGUCUGCCAUAAUGUCUCCCAAUGUCCCUUAGUGUCUCAGUGUCUGCUAUAAUGUCUCCCAAUGUCCCUUAGGGUCUCAGUGUCUGCCAUAAUGUCUCCCGGUGUCCCUUAGUGUCUCAGUGUCUGCCAUAAUGUCUCCCAGUGUCCCUUAUUGUCUGUGUCUGCCAUAAUGUCUCCCAAUGUCGCUUAGUGUCUCAGUGUCUGCCAUAAUGUCUCCCAAUGUCCCUUAGUGUCUCAGUGUCUGCCAUCAUGUCUCCCAAUGUCCCUUAGUGUCUCAGUGUCUGCCAUAAUGUCUCCCAGUGCCCCUUAGUGUCUCAGUGUCUGCCAUGAUGUCUCCCAGUGUCCCUUAGCGUCUGUGUCUGCCAUAAUGUCUCCUAAUGUCCCUUAGUGUCUCAGUGUCUGCCAUAAUGUCUCCCAAUGUCCCUUAGUGUCUCAGUGUCUGCCAUAAUGUCUCCCAAUGUCCCUUAGUGUCUCAGUGUCUGCCAUAAUGUCUCCCAGUGUCCCUUAGUGUCUCAGUGUCUGCCAUAAUGUCUCCCAGUGUCCCUUAGUGUCUGUGUCUGCCAUAAUGUCUCUCAGUGUCCCUUAGUGUCUCAGUGUCUGCCAUAAUGUCUCCCAGUGUCCCUUAGUGUCUCAGUGUCUGCCAUAAUGUCUCCCAAUGUCCCUUAGUGUCUCAGUGUCUGCGAUAAUGUCUCCCAAUGCCCCUUAGUGUCUCAGUGUCUGCCACAAUGUCUCCCAGUGUCCCUUAGUGUCUCAGUGUCUGCCAUAAUGUCUCCCAAUGUCCCUUAGUGUCUCAGUGUCUGCCAUAAUGUCUCCCAAUGUCCCUUAGUGUCUCAGUGUCUGCCAUGAUGUCUCCCAAUGUCCCUUAGUGUCUCAGUGUCUGCCAUAAUGUCUCCCAAUGUCCCUUAGUGUCUCAGUGUCUGCCAUAAUGUCUCCCAAUGUCCCUUAGUGUCUCAGUGUCUGCCAUGAUGUCUCCCAGUGUCCCUUAGUGUCUCAGUGUCUGCCAUAAUGUCUCCCAAUGUCCCUUAGUGUCUCAGUGUCUGCCAUAAUGUCUCCCAGUGUCCCUUAGUGUCUCAGUGUCUGCCAUAAUGUCUCCCAAUGUCCCUUAGUGUCUCAGUGUCUGCCAUAAUGUCUCCCAAUGUCCCUUAGUGUCCCAGUGUCUGCCAUACUGUCUCCCAAUGUCCCUUAGUGUCUCAUUGUCUGCCAUAAUGUUUCCCAAUGUCCCUUAGUGUCUCAGUGUCUGCCAUAAUGUCUCCCAAUGUCCCUUAGUGUCUCAGUGUAUGUCUCCUUGCAGCCUUUCCCCCCAUCCCUUACUUCACUGAGCUGUAGGCUGUCUCUGCAGGGUGGGAGUUGCUGUCUGGACUCACUGUAGCUGCUCCCCUGCAGAUCAGUGAGUAUAGAUAGGCAGGGAGGGAUAUGCUGGAACUUCCUAUCCCUGCCUGUCGCCACAUACAGCGACCCCUACUGGCCAGUGCUGGUAUUGCAUAGUAAUCUCUUGUUUAUACUGAGAAAAAUACCAGCAUUUGUAUUGCCAGUAUCACUGUAAUAUUGGCACCAGCCAGGCAGCCUCAAAUACUGGCUGUGCCAAGAAAACGAGUUUUUGGUUUGCCAGUUAUAGCGGUCCUUUAACUUAGAUUGUGCAUAUAUAUAUUGUCUCAUCAGUGUCUCAAUUUAAUAAGUCUUUAUUUAGCAGAGUGAUUCUUUAGACAAUAGCUUACCUUGCAAAACUCAUUUCAUUGCCUUGCCUUUUCUAAAAAUACUGUCUGACCACACAUUCCUAUUGGUUUGAAACCCUACUUAUGCAGUUUCCAGGAGUUAGCUACUUCCACCAAAGAGUCAAAAAUCCAAAAAAACAUGAAAAUCACAUUUGUUGAAGGGCAAAACGACUUUUGAUAUUCAAGAGCAUCACAUUUAAUCUACAAAUUGUGCUAGCAGUUUUUCUAACCAAUCUAUAGACUGGGAGAAAAAGCUAUUUAUUAUUAUUAUCAUUAUUUGUAACGUGUCAACAAGUUCCACAGAGCUGUACAAUGGGAUUUAUUUAUUAAAGAGGUUUUUCUCUUACUUGUCCAUCUAUUCUUUAGCAUAGAAUCAAUGCUGAGGAAUUGAUUGAUAAAGGAGAGCUCUGCAACCAUAGCAACCAUAGCACGCGGCAACUUCACAGCCAGCACUGUUAGCUGAAUAGAACAAAGCCAUGUCGGCAUCAUGGAGGAGGUUAACCCUGCUUAGAAAUUGUUUCCAAGCAGGGCAAGUAGGUGAAUAGACCAGGUGGACCAUGAACAGACCAGACUAGGGUGUUACAGAAGUGUAACACCAACCUCCAUAAAAGUUAAUCUAACCUUGUUCCGUGGCAUGCUGAUCUGGCCUCCACUCCUUCACUGGCUAAGAAUCUCAAUACUCAUGAUUUCAGCCAAAAAAAAAUGCUUCCCCAUAGGGAAGCAUUGGGAGGCAAGUGUUCGUGCAAUUGCUGCACUGUGCUAAUCACAAUCUUAUCCUAGAGACACCUUUACUCAAGCAUGAGCAGAGCAUUUAUACACUGAACCCUCUAUGUCUGAGUGACAUCCUCUAGAGGUGGUGUUAGGCAGUGCUAUAAGCACUGGUUGGGGUGUCUAGAGUGUUCCUUUAAUUGGUUUUUCAUCUAUUGGUGGAUGUCAGCAAAUCUGUGUAAAGUUUAGUUAAUUCUUUGCUUUUUAAAUGCUCAUAUUUAUUUUUAUGUGCUCUUAUUAUAGGCAUACCCAUACAAAAAAAACCUAGUUUGGAAAGAAGCUCGAGUAGACAUUCCCCCACUUUUGAGGGGCUUAACGUGGGCUGCACUCUUGGGUGUUGAGGUAAGGCUACACAGUAAGUAAGAUUUUUAAAAUAAAAAGCCCCUUGUACAGAUCAUGUUUGAAGAAAUCAUUUUUUUCUCUAGCUGUACAAAACCAGAUCUAAAAUCCAUUUUUCAACUGAUGCAUUAUUAAUUUCAAGGGUGCCAUCCAAGAAAAAUACGAUUCAACAGACAAAGACACACCAAUACCCACAGACCGUCAGGUAAGUAAUAUUUUGUAUUACUAUUUAUUUCAUUAUUUAUAAAGUAUCUGAAGCUCAAAGCUGCAAAUUGCAUUUAUUUGUAGGCAGAUCUGUGAGAAAUAACCACACCACAGAAAGACAAUGUAACAAACGUGAACAAGUAAAGAGACUUAAUAUGAACUUAAUCUUAGGAAAUAAGUAGAAUAAUAUAUAAAUAAUUAAUGGUGUCAAAAAAGGAAAUUUAAAAAAAUUAAGAAUCGCUUCUUAUUAUGUUUGCCUACCCCGCUGGUGUUACCUUUUAAUUUUUUUCCAGAUUGAAGUUGAUAUCCCACGUUGCCAUCAGUAUGACGAACUCCUCUCAUCCCCAGAGGGGCACUCAAAAUUCCGAAGAGUGUUGAAAGCUUGGGUGGUCUCACACCCUAACUUAGUCUACUGGCAAGGUACUUUAUGAUCAUUGUAUGAUCACCUACAGCAAGCUGCAUUACCUGCUGACACAAUAGAAUGCACAGAGCAAAGAUGUGUGUGACUGGGUGAAGGCUGGAAGACCAAUCCCUGUUAAAGGAUCACUGUAGUGUUAUGUAAACACACAUGUAUUCCUAGCGGAAUAUUGUUAUGCUAACACCUUAGGUUAUUGAGCACUCCCAGAAUGAGAUUUACUUACCUUUACUGCCUUGCCAUGCUGCUCUCUGUGUGAUUGACUCAUGUCCCUGACUGCAAUCAUCAAUGCUGAUGAUCUCAGCAAAUCAAUGCUUCCCCAUAGGUAAGGCCAGUGUGUAUGCACCACUAAUCACAGUGCUGCUGCACCAUUGAGCAUUGCCUCAAUGAGAUGGAAUGAGUCAUGCAUCUCUAUGCCGAGCAUGUAGAUGCUGAAUGCUGGUCCUGCAAUCUUUGCAGGACCAAACAAAGGAAGCCUCUCUAGUGGCUUUCUAAGUGACAGCCACUAGAAGGUGUAAAGGCAGCAAUGUAAACACUUCAUUUUCUGUAAAAUGUCAGUGAUUACACUGCUUUCCCUGCAGGAACAGGCUCUAGACACAAGAACCACUAUAUUAAGCCAUAGUGCUAACCAUACCUAUAAAGUCCCUUUAAACAUUCAUGUAAAUCAUUGUAACUCUGACAGCAGCCUUUUGUUAUGGGUAGAAUGCUAAUUUGCAUCACAGUAUUGAUAUUUAAGACUUUAAUACUGUAGUAGUAGAACCAGUUGGAGUCACAGAAUUGCUAUGUUUCAUGCAAGCCAGACUCUUGAUUGUUUUAUUUCUCAUAGAAAAUAAGAUGUUUUUCAGAGGCGUACCUAGGGUACUUAGCUCUAGGACUGAAUGGUAUGUUUUCACUCCACACAACUCCAUUUCUUUUGUGUGUCCUGCGCUGAAGUCACCCACUCUGCUGACAAAGACGUGAGCAUGCUUGCUGAUGUCUUCUGCAAUCUCGUCCAAUGUAAUACUUCUCAUAGAGAUAGGCAGGCAAACACAGAACAGGCUCAUUGACACAAAGCUAUGACAGCUUGUCAAGCACGAGUGUGUAAGUGCAUGCUGUCUCCUUAAGCAGGAGAAGUCGAUUAUCAGUUUAGAGGAAAACAAAGCCACUGCAGUAACGCAAUAAUCAGCUGAAAAAACACUCUGCUAAUCCACACAAUCUACUGCUGGAGAUCACAGAAUGAACAGCAAGUGCCCAGGACCCUGGUAAGUUGUCAAACCAUUGGAUUGCACAAGUGCACCCCAAGGUGCCAUAACCACUACAGACGGCUAUACCAUGUACAUGUUGUAGGGAGUAAUAUAAAAGCAAAGUGAUGAAAUCCUUAUCAAGGAAAUCCCUGAAGCAAUAGUUAAAACAUAAUGAGGAAAGUAUCUAUCAUGUAUGUCAAGGCACAGAAUACCAUUGAAGUGGAUAAACUAAUAGGUUGCAUUAUAAUUGCCAAAAAUGUAUUAGCCAAAAAUUACCCCAACUAUAUAAAUAAGAAGUUCCAGCUGAAAUAGCAGAGGCAGAUAGAAAAACUCUCAAUUCCAGAAGAGUGGAUACAAAAAGGUCUAAAGAGAUGAAUCUCUAAAUAGAUACAUUGUGUCAAAUAAUAUGCCUUAACUUUCACAGGCGUCACCUUGUUAUUUGUAGAGGGAAUGGGGAGAGAUCGACUAAGCAGUUGCUUAGUAUAAGCGUCUAUAUGGGGUGGUUUAUAUCAUAAAUAUCAAGAUACUAGUACAUUAUAGAGUGAAAAAACAUCCAUCAAACAUUGCUUAUAGGUCAUAUGCUCAAACAUGGCCGGUAGCAUUGAACACCUUCUACAAAUGAGCCUAGAGUCUCUAAUAAUGAUUUACUCUAGGGCCCUAAGACAUCUUCAUGGAUGUCAGUUAUAGUAAAUUCCCCCUAGCUAUACAUGGUUCUAAGAGUAAUAUCUAAAUACUAUUUGCAGCUACCUCUGCUAGAGAUUAUCUGAGCCCCUCAACAGAUCAAUAGAGACUAGUUCUCCCUUUAGCUACAGGGUGCCACUCGUACUGACCACCCCUGUUGUGAUAUCCUCACCCAGUGGGUAAUAGACUGUUUUCUUGUUUAUUUGUUGUAGGGAGUACUUUUAAAGGUCAUUCUGCUGAAUGUCUUCAGAAAGAUGUAAAACUAAUUUUAAAGGCCCUCUUGUUUUGCAUAAUGCAUCCAUGUGUUUCUUUUCACUAGGCUUGGACUCUUUAUGCGCACCAUUCCUUUAUUUGAAUUUUAAUAAUGAAGGUAAGUGGAUUUUGCAAUUUAGCUAUAUUUUUUCGAUUGCAGUUUAUAUGUUAAGUGAGCAUUGCAAUGUAUUUCCUGUAUUAAUUAUCAAUAGUUCCUGAAUGUCGACACUUCGCAGCACAUUUUCCAUUUUCCUGCUUGUUCAAUCAACUGGUUUCAUAUACGGAGGAUAUCCGACGGAAAGGACCAUCAAAACAAAGCAUUGAUUUAAAUGACCAUCAAAUAUUGCCGCCUCCACUUCUUUAAACAUCAUGCAAGUGUUUUGAAUACAAUUUGAUGGUUGAAAUCACAUGUUUUAUUUCAAUGUUGAAUGUAUGUUCUUGUCAAUGGAUACUUGAUACCAAAAUCCUUUCUGUCCGUAUGUUAUUAGUUUGCAAGCUAAAAAACCUUAGGGAGUUUAAUCAUAAAAAGCGAAUGAUGAAUUCAAAACUGAAAUUCAAUGAUUACAUUAUAUGAUUAUAAAAUCCGAAAUUUUCCAAAAUAACUUUUGUUGGCUUAAUCUUGCAGUUUAAUUUUCCAUUCUGUGUAAUGCAUUGGUAACUUAAUAAAUCCCAUUAUGCUCCCUGUUUUUAUUUUUAAUUUUUUUUGUUUUGUGCUUUUUCUUACACUUUAGGCCAGGGCGAGCAAAAUGCAGCUUGUCAACUGUUUAUUUUACUGGUGUGCUUGUGAGCUACUUGCUGAGUUGCUCAAUUAUAAUAGGAACACCCCUCAAAUUUAUUGCUGGUUUAGAAAAUGUGUGUUAGUCUGCAACCGUAUUUAUUGUAAUUAUAGGUUGCCUGGCGAAUGUAAGUAAGGCAGACUGCUUUCAGCAUAAUGAUUGCUAUCACUCACCAGUAUCAGAUGCUAGUACUCUACUGAUUAUUCAAAUUGUUCAAGUAAUUGAUUAAUACAAUUAUGUUUCUGAGUUGGGUAAUUAUCCACUUAUAGGGGCACUAUAGUCACCAGAAUCACUACAUCUUAAUGUAGUUCUUCUGGUGUCUAUAGCCUGUCCCUGUAUGCUCAGCAAUGCAAACAUUGCUGCCUGUUAACACCUCCAGGUGCCGUUAUUGAGAUGGCCACUAGAGGUGCUUUCUAUCUCAAUGCUGCAAAGUGUGAGCACCUUUGUUCUGCAUCUCUACAUGCUCUGAAUUGAAAUGGUGUACAUUCCCAGUAGAGAUGCAUUGAUUCAAAGAGAAGAUGCUGAUUAUCACAGCGUUUAACUAUGCAUACACAAUAGCCUCCCAUUGCUUUUCUAUAGGAAAGCAUUGGAUUGACUGAGAUUAUCAAUCAUGAUGAUCUCAGCCAAUCCAGUACUUAUACCCCACUCCAUUUAUAUUGUAAGUGCAUUGGAUCGUGGCCGCAGUAUCAUCAGUUCCUGUGCGUCUGACUUCAUGCGACUACUUGUUUGUUAGCUCACUUAUUGUACAGUGCUGCAGGAUAUAUUGACAUUUUAAAAUAAUAAUAAAACUAAGGACAAUUCUCUAAACCGGCAAUGUUGACACUACACUAGUGUCUAUUGACCUGUAUAAAACCUGAAAAAUGCUGAUCAUGCAUUGGCAAGAUCAGCAUUGGGAGAUGCAUUAAACGUUGUUCAUCCAGUUCAGUUUUGACUGAAGCUUUUUAACUAAUUAGUCUUCGUGAACCACCUAAGAUGAGGCAAUUGAGACAACCAGAUUGCUAUACAGUCUCCAUCACAGUUAAUAAUGCUGUCUCCGGAUUCCUUGUAUGCAUACAUGAUGAUAUUUUAAUGAAUUGUUUUCUUUGCUAAUACUUUUUUUCUUUCCCCCAGCCCUGGCCUAUGCGUGCAUGUCUGCUUUUAUACCCAAGUACCUCUACAAUUUCUUUCUGAAAGACAAUUCCCACGUUAUACAAGGUACGGUGCCUUGUUUGUUACUAUAGAAUAUCUAUUCAACUGAAGCAAUGAUUUUAUUUAUAGCACAAUGUUCAAUUCAAUUUUUUGCUUCACAUACCCACUCAUUAAAUGUAUGUUUGAGUCAAACUUUAAAUCUCUGGAAUAUGCCAAGCACCACCACUUCUGCUACGAAAGGCCAUUCAAUACUGAGGGCUUCAUAAGGAUAAUCGGGAGAGUCAAUAAACGCAACAACUUUACGGCUGUGGUUGCUCAGUCACAUAAGCUGUUCAGAAAUAACACUGAGAAUGUUUAUUCCCCUGUGUUAAAUGUUAAGUAUUAUACGCAAAACAAAACAAAGUUGCAUCAAGCUUGAAAGACACAUUGUGUCCUUAUCUCAUGUGUUGACAAAUGCAAUUGGAACAAAGGGGAUUUUGGAAUAUUUGUUGGAAAAUAAGUUGAUUGCAAAACAAGUGAAAUCAUGUUAACAUUAAUUAGUGAAAAUUGGGUUCUGUUCAACCGGUUUAGUCAGCAAGUAGAUAAUUUGAUUUUAUUUUCACCUUUUCCCGCUUGUUAAUUGACUAAUUGAUAAAACACAACAAAAUUAUGUAAAUGAAUGAAUGACAUGUGACAGUUCCUAUUUACGGUCAUUUCAUUUGUUUCAUCAGUCAUCAGACACGAGGUAAAUAUAUAUUUUUAACUCUUGAAAUAUGCUUCGGGGGACUAAUCUCAAAACAGUAAGUAAUGGUGAUUUGUCUUUUCUAAAUCAGCACUUUCUCUCAAAUUGUGCAAUCUGGAUAAAUUUCAUUGCAAUGUGAUGUCUGGGUGCCUUUAGUGGUCCUUUAUUUAUAUGAGUUGCUUGCUUUUAAAGUUCUUUUUUUUGACAGUGUUUCUUUUAGGAUUUUGCAUUUGACAUAGAAAAAAGCCAGAAAAAACAUUCUAAAUAAUUACAUGAAAAAGCGAGUUAAGAGAAAUGUGAUUAUCAGGUAGACAUUAUCCACAGUCCUCAAAUAUUCUAGUCCAGGCCUUAUAAAAUCUAAUAGGUGUCCAAAAGAAGGAGAGUAAGAUAAAAUACAAAAUCUCAACACUCUGACAUUAUCUCAUAACUCUCAUCCGUAUUGCUCAGUACUUGGACUAUUUUCAUGUAGGGAGAAAUAAGCUAUGAGAAUAUUCAUACACACUGUGCCCUUAGGGCCUAUCUAGCUCCCCCCUGAUAUGAGGCCAAUCAGCUCUCUAUGCAUCUAAUAAGCGAGUGUUAGAGAGAAAAGAAAGUACCGGUAAUGUACUACAUCUUACACCUCUCUCCUGUCCACCAGAUUCUCCCCCAAGAGAAUGGAGGCUUAUGAGAUCCACCCCUGGUCUGAAUAUACCCCCAUAGAAAUAACCCUCCACCACUAACCACCUCUGUGUUUGGAAUUUAACAUAGAAACAUAGAAUGUGACGGCAGAUAAGAACUAUUCGGCCCAUCUAGUCUGCCCAAUUUUCUAAAUACUUUCAUUAGUCCCUGGCCUUAUCUUAUAGUUAGGAUAGCCUUAUGCCUAUCCCACGCAUGCUUAAACUCCUUCACUGUGUUAACCUCCACCACUUCAGCUGGAAGGCUAUUCCAUGCAUUCACUACCCUCUCAGACGAGUUCCAUAGGUACCUCAGAGUGUUUUGCCUCAUUGCCAGAAUUAGUACCAAGCAAUGCUUCAUAUGCCUUCAUUUUCUGUAUCCUGGAUAACCACUGUUGUUUGGUAGGAGCUUACAGUCAUUCCCAGAGGGCUAGCACUUACGAUUUAGUUGUGUUUAUCAAAUGUCUCUGCCAGUAUGACUUUAUCCAGCAGCAGUUUGUUAAAAUAACAAUAUAAUCUGACUCAACAUGGCUGCUCAAUAAGAUUAAACAAGUGACAUUUCUCCCCCCCACAAAAAAUCAAUGUAAAUCAUUUAUCAAAGAAAAGUAAUUAAGUUUCAUUAAAUGCAAUAAACUUAUUUAAACAAAUGAUAAGUAAAAAUAUGAUGAUUGUUGUCUUUUAACAUACUUAUAGAACAUGGUUAGAUUGGAAAAUUCGGUGAAGUCAUAUGUGAAUAAUUUCUGCCAUAUUGAUUUCACAUUUAACAUGCUUAUAACACAGAAGCAAUGCACACAGACGCACACAGAGCAUAAUUAUGUUGUGUCUUAGAUUCUGCUUGUGUACAUUUCUAUAAGCCUCAAGAACCCAUCUUGAGGUUUAUAUAAAGGGCCAGUCUGGUAGUUCUAAUUGCAGUAAUUAAGCCUGGGGUUUAAGCAAUAACUUUUCACUGUUCAUUGGGCUAAUGUAAAUCCAUGUGCAGACUGUUAUUACUGCACUGCCAAAGCGUAGCAUGUCCUAAGUGCCCGUUAAUAGUCCUCCUCUGACAGAGGUUGCUAAGAACUAUCAUUUAUUUCAGACCCAGGCUGCUAAUUGUCUCAUAAGUACACAAUGCAGAACAAUUUCCUUUUUACAGAAUAAGCAAGAGGAGAAUGCUUUCUUUACAAAGAAUGAGACAAUAAGAAAAGACUGAGACAUAUUCCGCUUCUAGAAUCUACAUGUACAGCCUUCCAGCCAAACUGUAUCAAUGUGUAAGGCAAAUGGCAUAUACGCAUGGAAAUAAGAUUAAGUAUAAUAAAUUAGACUUUUUGCCUGGAUAUUUUAUAUAAUAGAAACGUUAGUCCUGUGAGUGUGCCCUCCUCCUCCUUAAUGAUUUUAGGAUAUCUGAAAAUAUACAGUGCAUUCAGAAAUGUAUUUAAAAAAAAAAAUAAAAUGUAAUGUUGCAACCUUAUGAUACAAUUGUUAUGGUUAGUAUUUUAUUUUACUACAAUCUAUACUGAUAAACCCCAUAAUGGCAAAGCAAAAAUAAAUAUAUUUUUAUUUUACACCAUUGCAAACAAAAAAUGGAAAUAUCACAUCAACAUCAGUAUUCAGACCAUUAACUCAGUACUGAGUGGAAGCACCUUUGGUAGCAAUAACAGCCUCGGGUCCUUUUGGAUAUGAUGUGACAAGCUUUGCACACCUGGAUUUGAGCAGUUUCAGCCUUUCAUCUCUACAGAUCCUCUCAAGCUCUGGUAGUUUGCAUAGGGACUGUCAGUGGACAGCUAUUUUUAGGUUUCUCCAGAGAUGUUCGAUUGGGUUCAAGUCUGGCACUGGAACGGCCAUGUGUUGUCUUGGCUGUGCGCUUAGAGUUGCGCAUUGUUCUGUAGGAAAAUGAAUCCGUGAUCAGUCUGAUGUCCUAAGCACUCUGAAACAGGUUUUAAUUAAAGAUAUCUCUGUAUUUUUUUCCCCUUUAACUCUGACCAGUCUCACUCGCUGAAAAACACCCCCAAGCAUGAUGCUACAAUGGUAAUGUGCAGAUGAUGAGCAGUGCCUGUUUUCCUCCAGACAUGGCGCUUUGAAUUAAGGCUAAACAGUUCAGUCUUCGUGUCAUAAGACCAGGGACUAUUGUUUUUCACAGUCUGAGAGUUCUUUAUGUGCUUUUUUGCAAAUCCCAAGCCGGUUUUCAUGUGUCAUUCAGUGAGGAGAGGCUUCCAGUUUGUCAUAAAGGCCAUAUUCUUGGAAUGUUGCAGUGAUGGUUGUCUUUCCGCAUGUUUCUUUUAUCUCCACACAUGAUAUGUGAAGCACACUUAGAGUCACCCUCAGGUUCUUUGUCACCUGUUUGAUUAUAGCUCUACUCACCCGAUUGCUCAGUUUAGCUAGACGGCCAGCUCUUGGAAGUGUCCUAACUUCUUCCAUGUAAGAAUUGUGGAGGUUGCUGUUCUCUUGUGAACCAGUAAUGCAGAAUAUUUUUUUUUUUUGUAGCCUUCCCCUGUUCUGUAACUUGAAACAGUCCUAUCUCUAACCUAUGCAGGCUGUUCCUUUUACCUCAUAAUAUGCUUUCACAGCUGUGAGAUCUUACAUAGACUGGUGUAUGCAUUUCCACAUCAUGUACAAUGAAUUAUAUAUGCGGCAGGUUAACUCCACUAUGAGUGUAGAAAGGCAACAACGUAACGCUCUCUGUUUGAUCUUAGAAUCCCUUUACUAAUAUCAGUGCUGAUAAUAAGCAGAUGGAAAUAUUUAAAAUAUAGAUUGAAUUAAUGAUUACGAUUCAGUUUAGAAUUAUACAUGUUAGGUUUUAAAAUACUUUUAUGUUUGAGAUUGUGUUUAGAAUUAAUUGUGGUAUUAGGAUUAUGUUUCAGAUUAGGAUUAGAGUCAGCAAGGCAAUCCCUCUGCUAAACUCAGCAAGGGAAUGCCUUUGCUAAAAUCAGCAGGGGGGGGGUGGGGCUGGACCGCCAUGCUGACCGGUCGCAUGCUGGAGAAGCUCCUGAGGGAAUCAGCCCCAUAAGCUGAACAAAUGCGGCUACUAAGCUUAACUGAAUCCAAAAUAACAACAAAAACACUACUUGGCUGUUGGUGCUGCAGCAGACCCCGAGAUCGGGAGUUUUUGGAGCCCGGGAGGGUGAAAAAAGACUUUGGUGUCUGCGGCCUAAUCGAGGAAGAGGCGGGGUGAACGGCCACCAUCCUGCUUUCUCCCCCGGCUAUCACACACCGGCUCUCUGAUGUAGUCCUGGUCCCGUUCCCCCGCCCCAUGUACCAGUGGGGGUUAUCCCGGUCCCCACUGGAGGGCCCUCGGCAGCGGGAAAGGGAACGCUACAAUUUAAUCUCCUGAAGCUAAAAUGGCCGCCACCUAUGCCACCACGAGAAAGCCAGCUCUGAGCAGCCUGCAAGAGGAAUCCCUAAAGAGGCUGUGGAAGGACCUUUGUCCUCACUCACGGGCUCCAAGGAGCAGAAAGACCAACAGUUGAAGACAUACUAUCUGCAUCACACACCCGCAUCCCAGCACAGACUCUCCAACGACCACUCACCUAAACCUCACAUCACUGCCAGACACCUGGAUGGACACACCUGCGGAUUCUAAUGCCGACUCCAGAUUGAGCUCGAUCGGAGGAUGCCAGAAACGAACUUGUGCUGAGACAGGCAGAGCCGAACUAGCUGGGUUUACCAUUAUACUGGGACGCCUUACCUAUCACGCUUAGCCAAGCCGAUGGAGGGAGGGGGCAGAGGGGUAACCCAGAUCAGCUACUAUGUAGAUGUGCCUUUAGCAUUAACCUUUGUCUCCCUGUGUUGCGGGUCCCCAGAGGCAUACUCACUACUUACCUAUCUAACCUAGUUGCUACUCCUACAUUACUCUAUAACUUAAAACAGGCUUAGGCUCCUACACAUGUUUGGGUUUAUAAUAUGCAAGAUUGAACCUACAAUGCAUUACAUACAUGCAUAAAGUAUGUAGCAAGUCUGCUAUUCGACGUUUACCUGCAAUUUGAAUUUCCUGUAUUUAUGUAUAAACCCCUUAAGGACACAUGACAUGUGUGACAUGUCACGAUUCCCUUUUAUUCCAGAAGUUUGGUCCUUAAGGGGUUAAACGCACAAUACUCUGACAUGUUGCGAUCACCCUCUGACACAUUGCUUGUGCAAACUCACUGACAUGUUACUGCUCAACUAUGAGCUAACGUAAAACAUGUGACCACUCUUCUUUAGACAUCAUGACACUUAAGCCUCAUGAAUUUACUCACUCACUUAAGAGAAAAAAUGUGCACGUUUUAUCAAUGCUCCUAAUGUUGUAUGAAGUAAUGCGCUUGAAGACUGCUUUCGGGGCACCACAAGCUUAUGUGUUAAAAUCAAAUAUGCACAAUAAAAAUAAUAAAUAUAUAAAAUCAGCAGGGGGAAUACUUCUAACCCUGUUACUAUGGUUAGGAUUAAGGUAAUACUUCGGGUUAGGUAUAGGAUUAGGUUAUGGGUUAGGAUUUGGGUAAAGUUUAUGAGUAGAUAUUGGGUAAAUUUGGGAUUAGGAUUUGAUUUAGAAUUAGAGUUUGGUUAAGGAUUUAGACUAGGAUUAGGAUUGUUACUUUGCAAAGGUAUACAAGUGGAGUAUCGUUGUACUCAGAAGAUGUUGCUGGGUAUAGUUAAGAUUAACAUUUUAUUACAGUGGGAUACAAAAAAUAAAUAAAAAUAAGCAAAGAAAAAUACAAUGUGUAUGUAAAAAUGUAAAAAUAAAAAUUAAUACCACAAACUUUGAAAACAAAUGUGAAAAAAGGGCACCUCAAUAAAGCUAGAAAUAUACCUUGUGGUAGUGCCCAUGGUGUCCACUUUUGCAAAUGGAAUUAAUUUAUGCACCAUAAACCCAUCUUCAAUUUGCCAUUUAAAUCACAACCAAAAAACUUGCAAUGGACAGAUUAUAAAUUCAGCUCUGUAAUUUAAAAAGCAAAACCUUGAUAAAUGUAUACGUCAUUCUGUAGUCCAGAGAUAUAUAGUUGAGCACAAUUUAGUGAUUUUUAUUACAGUAGCAUCAUUAUCAAGUUUACAAAAUAUACUGCUAAUUUAUGUGCAUGUAUGAAAAUUUAAAGAUAAAAUACCAUAAACUUUGAAUGAAAUUAAUGCUAAAAUUAAUGUAUACGUCUCAAAAUAUACCAUAUGGCAUAUCCCGUGAUGUCUACUUUAACAAAUGGUAUGCUUUUAUUGGGCAAUUUUAACUUUACCUACAGUAUACCAAAUUAUGGUUUUGCUAACUUAGAUUUCUAGACUCCCCAUUUUGAGUUCAACACUUUCAGUGCUAACUGAUAUACCCCUACUCUCCCUGUAACCAUCUGAUGAUCAGACUCGUGUGUCAUCUCUCUCUCCACACCAACCAUUUUUUUUUUCUAUUCGGGUUCCCUACCAUCCUGUCACCCUCCCCUUUCUACCCACUGACUAACCAUUGAUUCCAUGAUACCCUUCUUUUGAUAAUCAUGCACACUUCUUACUAUAUUGUAUCGAUUUACUAAAUGGCUAAUUAAUGUUGCAAUUUCCUACAUUUGAUUAUUAUAUUUUUCUACCUUGUGUAGUUUUGUAUUAUGGAAUACAUGAAUAAAAUGUUAUUCUCAACAUAACAUGUAAACUAAUUUGCACAUGGUUAGUGUGUUUCUGAGCUGUAAAGUAAUCCUGCAGAGUUGUGUAUUUAAGAGUUGUAAAAAUAAAAUAGAAGGCUCAUUCAUACUUGCAACCAGGAACAGAGCCGUAUAAAACAUUGAAUGUUAUGCAAAUGGUACAGGCCACACAGGGGUAUGUUAAAAUCGGGAUCUGAUUAUAUAGAAUUGUGAUGAUAGAUUCCCAUUAUAAAAUGUUCAUGAAGCCCUAAAUGCAGUUUCCACUAUAUACAUAAUGCCGGCUUACACUGCCAGAAUACGCCAGAAGAACCAAAGUGUUUAUUCCUCUUUGAUCAUAACUGUCUGCAAUGUUGCUGUUAUUUCAGAGUAUCUGACCGUGUUCUCUCAGAUGAUUGCAUUUCAUGACCCUGAACUGAGCAACCAUCUCAACGAGAUUGGCUUUAUUCCAGAUGUAAGUACCUGCGGCAAUUGUAAAUCCAGUUUAUUGGAGUUAAGAGCACUGGUGGGAGAGGAGUGCUCAUAA